GAAUUGAAUUAUAUUUAUUACAAACAGGGGCUUUGUCGAUAUUUAGAAAAACUUUUUCCAGACUUACAAGAAAGAGGAGUUGUUGUAGGAUUUGAUGCAAGACAUAACAGUAAACGGUAAGGAAAUUGUUCAUGUCCUUCUUUGUUAUUACUGGUAUUCCAUGUACAUGUUACAGGUCAAAAUUAAAUUCAGGUUUAAUUUUUUUAAACCUAGGUUGAUUCUCCCAGCUGUAACUCAUAAAUAACUAGACUCACUGACAGGUGACUUGCUGGGCUGUCAUAGAGACCUACAUUGUACACCAGACAGAAAUUAAUCUAUAGUAUGAAAACGAAGAGUUUACUAAAACAGACAGCCAACUGCCCAUUGAUCCCGAUCCACGGGCCUCAUUAAUUGCAAUGAGACUUUAAAUAGACUAUCCUAAUUUGCAGUGUACAGUCUACCUGAAAACGCAUUAUUUUUCUUUCCACAAGAUAAGAAUAUUCAGUUCUAAGAUUUUUCUUUUGUUAUUUUUCUUCAACUUUGCAUUGUGCAACCUAAAAGAGUUUAAAGGUUUCUCACUCGGAUGUUGAUUUCAUUAGGACACACUUUAAACAAUGUAAAUAGAUCAAAAUAUGAUCGAUAAAACAUUUUUUACCGCAAUACUAAUAUGAAUUGCAGAGGUUUCAAUAAGCAACGACGGCUGACGAAACACGUCGGCUACUUUGUUAAUAGAGGGCGAGUACUUUUUUUUUCUAGAAAGAAGAACCAACUAGUUUGAAUAACGUUGUAAACAAAAAAUAUAUCGUAAAAUCUGAAUCAAAACGUAAUUAUGACGUGUUUUCAUAAAGGCCCACUGGUUUUACGUCAUGCUUUAGACAUGUGAAUGCUUUAUUUCAGUCAUUUUUUCUCAAGUUUCUUUAUAGUUAUACGCAGAAUUUGUUUACCUGCAAAAGUACGUAAAUUAGUUUUCAUCAUUUGCUCAUUGCUUGUAGGAAUUGAUUGUGUGACUGAUAAACUGAAAGUUACUUUUUCUUGAAUGAAAAACACGCCCUUUUGUCCCCAAAUUAGUCCACAGAACGCUGAAAAUCGCAUUUUAGGGCUUUGAAAUUUUGACGUACAAAAAAUAUUUGUGCAGGAGAAAAUCGUAUGAAGCAAUUUGUGAGAACAUCAUUUCCCUUUCCCAGACCUCGUGUCUUCCCCCCCAACUCAGGUGUUCGUUUUCCUUCACAGACGACCGAAAACUGAAAGAAACACUGGACGUACCAUAGGCAGCCCAGUAAUUCGGGCUAGGAGACAAAGGAAACUGAGAAUCAACCUAGGUUAAAAAAUGUUAACCUGAUUUUAAUUUUGACCCACAUCAUAAACAACGCAUCAAAUGUUAUCUACGGUGCAUUUGUAUAAUAUUCAGUGAUAAUUAAAAAUACAUUGCAAUAAUUUAGUGGAUAAGUACAAUGUAGUAUAUUCUUUGUGUGGUUGUAGUUUCUGUAAGAAUAAUUGUUGUAACCACUAUUAGUAUUACCUGUGUUUCUUUGAGUUUUGGUUGGUGCAUGACACUGGUAGUCUGCUCAUUGCAGACAGCAGACUGCCAACUGUAAAGUGACUGACAUUGAAUAUACCAUAGACUGCCUAUAAGCCUCCCAGUUAUAGGCCCAUCUACGUGUAAACAAAAAUAAUCUUUUUAUAAGCCCCCUGGGUAUUUAAAGUGUAAGCUUCCCUCUAGCUUAUGUGAAAAUGAAUUCGAUCUAUUAUGACAUUUUGAAGCCUACUUAAAAAUGCAAAACUCACAGCUGUAUUUGGAUCAAUACUGUCAUAGCUUUUUGAAGAGCUUUUUCUAGUUCAGUCAUAAGCCCCUCCGUUUAUAAGCCCUCCUAAAACCCUUUACAAAGAUAUAUAAGCCAAGGGCUUAUAAGCGGCAGUUUACAGUGUUCUAAUAAAGUUGACAUCAUUAACAAUAUUACAUCAUACCCAGGCUUCCAGCCUGGGAAUGGCGCUGAUAUUUCCAUACAAAAUUACAUUGGCCUCGUUCCCAAGAUGCUGUUGGCUGUUCAUCACUGAUUCACAUAGACUUGUAUUGCCAUGGCUUCACAUUCCAGGAAGGAUUUGUUGCGUGAAAUUAACAAGUAGCCAGCUAAUACAGCUAGUGCUGUACCUGCCUUUGGGCCUGUUUACGAGGAGGGAGGUUGCUAGGGUUACCCUAGCCAGUGGCUUAAAUAAUAGUCCUUGUUUACAAGCAUAAUUUCACAGUAAGGGUUCACCCAACAGCACAGUCAACUUUACAAGCUUGACUGACAUGUUUCAUCAUGCUUGAUCUUAUACUGUAAAAUGGAAUUAAAAAUUCUCCAUAAUGUCCAAGAUUUGCCAAUGAAUAGAAUCUUGAAUCUGUUUAAUAAGGAGGCCCGAACCUAUUUAUAUGUGUGUUGGUUAUGUUUUUGAAUGGGGUUUUCAGUAAGAACGAUCUAACCAAUUUCUGUGAUUUUGGCAUCCUUUAUAACGAUUGGUGGAACUUUAAGAAAAUGUUAUUUAUUUUCCUGCAGGUAUGAAAACGUUUGAGAUGUCGGCAUACCGUGUGGCACGAAAUUUUUGCGGGUUCUGAUUUUUGCGAUUUUUCCAGCUUCCGCAAAAAUAAGUUCCCGCAAAUAAAAACUACCGCAAACAUUUUUCCUGCAAACAUUUACUCCAAAGUAAAUAUUCUCUAACUUAAAUUCGCUUCACAAAAAUACAGUACUAAGAAAUCGUCUGUUCAAUUACAACUUUUCUGUUUCGUUCAGAAACAAAGUGGUACAAUGAAAUACUGGUUUUACAUAGUAUAGGGCACGCACACCGUAUUAUUGUUUAAAAAUAUGUAUUUCCAUUACAUGUACCGGUACUUAAUGAAAACGAAAAUAUUAUCAAUGUGCAACAAGUAACAACACAACUAGCAUUCGAUUCACUUUACUAAACUAGCGCACGAGUUACACGAGGGACACGAGUUUAAAGUCAGCAAUACUACGCAUGUCCCACCUAACUCGGGCAUAUGCCCCACGUUACACUGCUCCCUGCCUCGUAAGGUCAGAGGUACAAGUAAGAACUUCUAACCCAAGAACGCGUUUACAGCAGCAUUCAGUCUCACCUGCUUGGAGAUUAGAUCAAGAAAUAAGGAGGCGAUUAAUUCGACAAGAAACAUGAUUUACUCGCUUAAGGUUUCUUACUUCCUGCUUUAUCGACCUCGAUACUUUUUAUUUGUCUUUGAAUUGAUUUAGUAGGCGUGUUAGCGACGACCAGAAAUUUUUCUGCGAUCGCAGGCUAUACGCGUGUAUAAAAUUAAUACUCGAAAAUUCAAGGGCCUCGAUUCCAGACAAAUUACGUCAUUGCCAGAUAUCAAAAAAGUGAUUUACACAGAACGUCAUUUCAAUCAUCGCCUAAAAUAAAUCGCAUGCUCAUCACAAGAACCAUUUGUAUACAAUGAAAGUUUACAACACCCAACCAUCGCAAUUUUGCUAAUUAAGAUCCUUUUUUUUCGACCACUCAGUAGUGUUCAGCUGUUCCAAAGUAAUCAACACUUUCAAGCGAUAGAAUUCGUGGACCGACACGUUUCGGAAAAGCUCUAAAUUUAAUCUUUCCUAAGCUUUAUUCGCAAAACGUGCGUGGCUUUGAUCACGCAACGAUCUUAGUCCCAGUUUCCACAGUCUCCGCAAGGAACGCCUGGCACAAUGACCCCCUAUUUGUAUACAAAUUACGGGUGAAAAUUCCCGCGGGGGUACUUCCAGAAAAAUUGGGUGGGGGUGUGCGGCACCCUUCCUGAAAUUUUUUUCAUGGAACUGCUUUAAAGUUUAAGCCAGUGAGCUUAUCGAAUUGCCGAAAAGCGUAUCUUUUCAAGUUGGCAAAUACAUUACCUGGGAAGUAGGUUUCAAAUUAAACGUUUUGACACUAUGCAAAUUUGAGAUUUGUUGUCACGCAACAAAAUGCUGUUCAGCAAAUGUACUGUUGUACGGUGGCCCAGAAGGGUCACACAUGGAAAUUGAAAAUGUUGCUGCAAACUAAAAAUUUUACCUGCAAAUUAAAAAUAGGACAUGCAAAUUAAAAAUUGUACAUGCAAACUAAAAAUAUUACAAACAUGAAACGUGAAUGGGCCGACGGCUGUAAGGCCAGGUCGCACGGCUCGGACCAGGUCCUCAUCACUCAUACUGCGCGCGCAGGACUUUUCACUUUUAAUUUGCAUCGAUAUGUUUUCUAUUUUCAAUUUGCAGCACAAUUUUUAGUUUGCAUGUACAAUUUUUAAUUUGCACGUGUGACCCUUCUGGGCCACCGUACUGUUGUCUUAUUUGGCCGCUGUAAUUUGUUAAAUUGAAGACAACUUUCUUUCAUAAAUCAAGUGUAAAAAAAAGCUAUAAUGAACCAAUCUAUUGAGCUAACAUUAUGUCGUGAUCGUACACCGAGUGACUGUCAUGCGUAUUUGAAUUUUUACCGAUGUUGGAUCCGGGGGCUACUCCCUUAUAUAAGUUAUAUAAGUAUGUGCCACCCCAUCAGUUAGGGUUUUUGCGCCGUUUUGGUCUGAAAACCGGUAUACACUUUGCCCAUUUUGGUCUGGAAUCGGGUUUGGAUUUUGAGGGAACUAUGGGAGUGUAUGAACGUAUUUAUCGAUUCAAUUGCAAAUGAGUAAGAAACAAAGAGAAACAUGCGAAUUCAAAAUGGAUUUGAAUUUUUUUUUGUUGGCGCUCUAAUCUACGUAAUGAUAAAAUAAUUUAUGCCUAAAGGCCAGGCUCCGAAAACGGGUAUGGAUUUUAGAGGUCUGGCACCGGUUGUUCAAAAGUUGGAUAGCGCUAUCCACCAGAUAAAUUACUAUCCCGUGGAUAAGUAUUAGGGAAACCAAUUGCCCUAUCCACUGGAUAGUGUUUUAUCCGCUGGAUAGCGCUAUCCAGCUUUUGAACAACUGGGGCCUGGUCUGAAAGCGGGUGUGGAAAAUUACAUUUUUUGUUCUGAAAUAAGGUCAGGAUUCGGAGAACCGGGCGGCACAGCCCCACAAAGAAUUCCCAAGAGUACCUCCGGUGUUGGAUUUCGUCGGCAAAAGUUGCCGCUACUCGUGACCGAUAACUACACACAUCAAAAGAGCUGACAAAUUUUUUUGGAGAAACUCAUCUCUAGCGAUUUGUAGUAUAUUUGGUUCUUCUCACGUUGGUUUGCCUAUAAUUUCAAAAAAUCAAGGAAAGUGGAAGCGGUUUUCACGUUUUCGCGAACGAAAUGUCAUGAUGAAGUGUAGUGUCAAAUGUCAAUCGCAAAUAAAGUCGAAAACUAAACAGGGUGCUGAUGAGAAGCUAAAAAAAAUCUUCUUGAAAGAAACUUAACCCCAAGUCUAAUGCUAGUUUUCCUCAGUCUUCGAGGUAACGCUUGGGUAAAUUUUAGGUUGGUUUCUCGCUGGAUGUGUCGUCAAUAAUUUGUGCCAAAGAUUGCCUCUUCAAUGAUUCUACACGAUUCUCGUAGCGCGCGAUGAUAAUCACGUAGCGUGCGACGCGAUUCUCGUCACGCAGGAAACGAGACGCGACUGGUAACUUACUUUUGAGCGAUACUGUAGUCUCGGAGCCAGACAGGCUGUCUUUAUUCAUGUCUCGGUCUCACUGGAGUCUGACACAGUUCACGAGAUGCUUCAUUACUUGCUAGAGAAGACUGGCUGAGACAGACGAGCUUAGUGCACCACUCUCUUCACGCUCAUGAGGGGGAUGAGAAAGCUCUUCUGCCGGUAGUAGGAGUGUUUUCCAGCCAUUCCAAUUCAACGUCUCCAGAGUCAGCUGAGGUCCCUUGACUCGGUUGCCGCACAGCUCUCAAGGUUUCCACAGGAGGUGUUUCUUCCACAUGCAUCGGAGUUGCUUCCCGGGAGGGUUUCUCUUGAGUUUCAAGUGGCGUAAAGCAUGGUUUCAAAUAAUUGAGGUGGACCACCUUCCUCUAGCGACAUUUUCCUGGCUUCCUCCUCAAUGCAAUGAGUAACAUCAAACAGGGCCUUCACAACCCUCCAAGGACCACACCAGGGCUUGAAAAAUUUCCUUCUUCUCGUCAUGGCUCUGUUUUUAUACCACACCCUGUCUCCUACAAGGAACCUUUGACCAUGGCACUUGUUGUUUGUAAUAAGCUUUUGAAAUUUCUGCACUGGCUUGAGGUUCUGCCUCGCUAGUUGCUCUGUCUCCUUUAACUGCUGUUUUUGCAGAACAACAUAUUUGGGAUAUUUCUGCACCGACCCUUGCGGAGGUGCCGUUUCGAACCUCAGGAUAGCAUCCGAUGGCAAAAUAGCUUCCCUGCCGAACAUUAGGCGGUAAGGGGUUAAUAGAGUCGAUUCGCGCACACUGGUGUUGUAAGCAAGAACCGCUUUUGGCACAAAAUGCAGCCAGUCACAGCGAUGAUCAGAAAUCAGCUUAGACAGGAUCUUCACCAGAGAUUUGUUCAGUCUCUCCAACUGCCCAUCCACUUGAGGAUGGUAAGGUGUUGUCCUUGUUUUCGCUGCAUCAAUCAACCCGCACAGUCCUUUAAGACAACUCAAUCCACAUUAGCUCCCUGAUCAGAAUGUAAACCCUUGAAACAACUGAUCCGACGUAUGUACUCAUCCAUCACUUUCUCCGCCAGUGUAACAGCCGAGAUGCUUCUUACUGGGAAAGCUUCAGCAAACUUAGUAAAAUGAUUGAAGACCACCAGCAACCACUCAUGACCUUAAGUAGAUCUCGGUUUGGGACCCACAAUGUCUAUUGCGACCCUUUGUUAAGGGUGAUGGGCCUUAAUGUUGAUAAGAGGCCCCUGAGGCUGUUUGGAUGGGUUGUUAACUUCAGCACAUAGGCCGCAUGUCCUAAUGUGAUUCGUUACAUCCUCCUGCAUGCCUUGCCAGUAAAGUCUUCUACGGACGUUUUCUAGAGUCUUUGACACGCCAAGGUGGCCUGCUGAAGGAUCAUCGUGCAAGGGACAAAACUUGUGGCACAAGACUCUCAGGUAUGCAGAUUUGUUGAUACAAUCUUGGCGUGACACUUCAUGUUCCCAACCUCUAUACACCAAACUUCAAAAACAGCCUUCGCCAAUGUGACCAGUACGAUAGCAGUUUGCUCCCCCCUCCAUCCACGUCACCUCUAGGGGUUUGACACCAGUUUUAAGCCAACUCACAACUUGUGAAAGGACAGGAUCCUGGUUCUGAGUCGCACGUAAACUGUCCCUGUUCCAUAUUCACAGACUGAAUCAGGGUAGCAUUUCUCCUAUCCUUAUCUGAUGCAUCCUCAUCUCAGGGAAGACUGGACAGUCCAUCUGCAUUGGCAUGCAACUGACCCGGACGAUGUUCCACCUCAAAAUCAAAGUCACUAAGUCAUUCAAGCCACCUGGCCACCUGGUCACCUGGCAUCUAGGAUUCUUAAAGUUCCUUAGCCAUUGCAAAGCACUAUGGUCAGUCGUGGCCAGAAAAUGUUGAACAUAGAGGAAUGUCUUGAAGUGCUCCGUUGCCCACGCAAGGGCCAAUAGUUCCUUCCAGGUGGUGCUAUAAUUCCUCUUAGCCUUUGAGAGUGCUCGUACAGCAUAUUCUAUUACAUGUUCCAUCCCACUUUGAACCUGAGACAACGCCACCCCUAGCCCACUGUCAUUGGCAUCACUGUCCAGUAUACGGCCAAAGAUAAUAAUGUCAUCUAGAUACACUAGACAGUCUGACCAGCAAAAACCCUUCAAGAUAAGAUGCAUAGCCCUCAUAAAACACGCAGGUGCAUUGGUAAGGCCGAAACUCAGUUUGCGAUCUUGCUCUACUGCAUUGAUCUUCCAAUAACCUCUAAGGAGGUCGAGAUGAGAAAAGGAAAACAUGGAAAAGGGUACAGAUCUCUCUUGGUCACUGAGUUAAGAGCACGGUAGUCCACACAGAAACGUUGAGUGCCAUCAGGUUUAGUCACUAAAACCACCGGAGACGACCAAGGGGAAUCAGACGGCUCUAUAAUUUGUGCUUCAAGCAUUUCAUCCACUUGGAGACGCACCUCCUGCCUUUCGGGAAAGAGGACUUUUCGAGGGGGUACCUGGAUUGGCUGGACAGAGCCUGUGUUGAUGGUAUGUUUCACUCCCUUCCCACGGCCCCUUUGAAAUGCAGUCAGCAUAAGUGGACAACACCUCAUAAUGCCUAAGUUUUUCCUCGUCUGAAACCAAAUUAGUAGGGAACAUCUCUUCCAACGGAAACGUCCACUGUCAACGCCCUCGACAAAAAUGACCCCACAAUGUUUAGCUUCCAACUCAACCUCACCAUCUUCCGCGGGAGCCCUAGAGGGUACCACCUUGUAGCCCACACCCACACUUGUUUCUUCGAAUGAUUCCUCCUCGCUGACCAAUGGGCAGAGAUCUCCUAUACUGCUGUAUCUGUAAAUUUUGAGGGGCUUGAUAAGGCAGUUAAAUACACGAACUGGGAUGUGGCCUUCUUUUACUGACACUGCGGUCCGAAAGGCCCCAGCAGAAUAUCUUUCUGAGAAUUUAUCACUUGGUUCUAGCAAACCCAUAAAUUCCGCUAGGACAUUCAUCCCCUGGACCUCACAGGGUAUGUCCGCGAACAUAUCUGGAAAUAACAUAACAGUGUCAGCCACAGUCAUCCUGUGCACUCUAUCAAGGUCUCCGAAGACCCUCUUGCUAAGUCCCCCCCUAGCCUGUGAACAAGCUCUGUUUGAGGAAAGGGUGAAAAAUCGCGAGGAGUAGGAAGGGAAAGGGUGAGAGCCUGUAGUCAAACAUUUGCAACCGUCGUUCCACGGCACCCGCUGUGCAUCAGAUCCUGAUGCAAGCUCCUAUUGGCGGGAACACUGACUGUUAGCCAUCCUCGGAUACCCAGGGGCAGUCAGUCCAGAGAAAGGGCGCGACGAAAGUUUUCAAGUACGGGCGAAAGAGCCCCUGGGUACCACCGAGCUAUUUCCAAAAUUCAAGCGGAUGCCGGCUCCUGAUUGAGCACAAAAAAUGCUUUGUAUUAUUGUGCCCAAUCGGCGAACAGUUUCUCCUGAGUUCUUUUUGUGAGCUCGUACAUGACGGCUAUUGUUUCGAUCACGGCUUGUCUGGCUCAUGCACCAAAGAAAUGCCGGCAGUCAGGAAACUUUCAGUUUGAUAUAAAAUCCCCAUCUGAUUUCAAAAUACUGUCUACCCGAAAACUAAAGACGCUUUUCCAAAAAUACAAGCUUGUGCUUACAACAGGUAUUCAAGCUUGCAUCGGUCAUGUCUUGCAUAAAUAUUAGGGAAUUUUUAAAAGCUACCAUGAUGGCUGACAAUCACGAAAACGUCGCAUGGAAAAGGGAAUUCACAUUUUUUCAGUUUCUAUCGUGAUUAUUCCAUCACGCUUACUUUGCAAAUGCAAGCGAACUCUUCUGGAGCUGAAUUUCUAUCAACAUAUCCAAGUCCAUGAAGAGAAUGAAUUUUGUCAUUGUUUGUUUACCUCCUUCACAAUACAUGAAAUUAGGCAUUUUCACGGGUAGUCGUGCAGUUGACGGCAAAGAAAUGUACAAAAAAGUGUGAUGCACGUGCAAAGUUGUUGUUUUGCCUUGUCAAGGUAUUGCUUAUUUGACUUUCUCGCGGCCGCCCCAUCUUUAUCUUCCUAUUAUCUACGAUACAUUGUGAUGAAUCAAAAACAGAAUAUUCUCGGGGCAAAUUGAACUGCUCCUGCUGAUAGCAUCCCAAACGUUAUUUUGACUCAUCGCUAGUUCCUUCGUUUGUGGUUAGGAAAGUAGAAAAUAAAAGUUUCCCUUGCUCGCACAACCUUGGUGAACGAACCGGGCAAGUGUGGCAAGACAAUAGCCGUCGUGUACGAACUCACGAAAAGAACUCAGGAGAAACUCUUCGCCGAUUUGGCACAAUAAUACAAAGCAUUUUUUGUGUCCAAUCAGGAGCCGGCAUCCGCUUGAAUGUUUGGAAAUAGCUCGGUUAGAGUCGGUACCCAGGGGCUCUUUCGCCCGUACUUGAAAACUUUCGUCGCGCCCUUCCUCCCGACCCGACUGACUGCCCCUGGGUCUCCGAGGAUGACUGUUAGCAGGGUCGAUUUACAUUGACUACAUUUAAAUAAUGCCUUGUAAACAGGUCUUCUGAACUUAAACAUGGCGUCUUCUGGUGGUUGACUUAUGAGCUUUUUUUAACUACAGCGAAUGUUCUUGCAUCAGAGGGCAAAUCACGCCGACCAGAAAAAAUAACUGCAUAAAAUCCAUAUGCGUGUCACCACAUCUCAGUAUGAAAAAAGCGGCAAAAGUCACAUUUUCUCAGUUAAAACUAGACCCUCCAGAGCAUAAUCUACCCGCCAGAGAAAAAACCCACUGGAAAAAUCAGCAUUUUGGCACGAGGUAAAAGUAUGUGUGUUGCCUACCGACCCCCCUUUUACACGUGAAAUUGAUUACAUUCCAAUGUAUCCAAGUGACAGAUAACAAUCUUGCUGACAGAUGAUCGGCAAUUACAAGACUAGAGGGCGGAAUAGCGGUCCCAAAUGUUUGUCUCCUCGCGACUUUUUCACCCUUUCCCCAAACAGAGAGCAUUUUCACAGGCUAGGUCCCCCUUACUGUAGACAGUGUUAGUGUCAACGUUAAUGAUGCAUUUGUGGGCAGUUAGAAAAUCUACACCAAUUAACAAUUGCUGUGGUAAUCCACGACACACCAGCACCUUACGCUGAGCUCUGAUUCCGCCAGCUGAAUUGUCACCCCUGUUUCUCCAACAACGUUAAGUGGCAUUUUGUUGGUCCCCAAAACAGGCUUUUGUGUGGGGUCGAGUCUGCUUACGUGUGUUACCUUGAUAGUAUAAGUCCUCGCCGAUAAUUGUUGCUUCUGUGCCUGUGUCCAAUAAGGCUUGAGAGUUGAUACCAUAGACUUCACAAGGCCAAUUACCCCCUCUCGAUUUUCGGGCGGGGUCACUUCCGACUGUGCCCCGCCCAUCUUCCGUUUCCCUGGUCGGGACGCACUUGAUGUGGGCAGUCAGGAAUAAAAUGAAUCAGACUACCACACUUAAAACAUGCUCGGGGGCCCUGGCUAGACUCCCCACUUUCUUUCCUACCUUGCCUCCCUUGUGGAAUAUUUUUAAGCUUCUCUAAUAUUUCCACUUGUUGAAAAAGCUCCUUAGCCCACGCUGGGGGUUCUUGGGUUCCCUGUUUGCACUAAAAUUCUCUUGCUCUCCAGAAUUUGAAGACAUUACUUGAGUACUCCCUUUUUUUAGCACUUUUUUAAUUUAUUUAUUCAUUUUAUUUUAUUUGCUACACAAUAAUUACAAAAAAUACGGGAAAAGUAGAAAAAAGGAAGUGGAUUUGUGACAGUUGACGCACAAAUAAGAUCGUGAAAUUACAGAAGAUACACACUUCAUCCAAUCUGAAAUCUUGAUUUUAUAAUUCAAUGAACAAUAAAAUUGGUCUUAAAGGAUGAAAUUACAAAGUGCUUACUUAAAUAAAGAAAUGAAGCGUAAAUAGUUACCUUCGUGAUGUCUUUAAAAAUCACUAGAACAAGGAAACCUUGUUUCUUGAGAUCAGAGUUUACAGAAACUUGCAUCAACUAUCCGCAAAUAAAAAACUUCACCUUUUAGUGACCGUAUUGUGUGGCGCUCUCGCGUGUAACCUAGCUUGCUUUAGAAAGAACUUUUUAGUUAAAUCUAGAAAUUGCUUUAGCGCACUCGUGAAGAAAACAAAACAUCAUCAAAUUUUGGAUGAAAAAUAAGUGGAUUAACUUGUGGAUAAUCGCAGUAGCUACACUCCCACUAAAUUAUUUAUGAUUCUAAAAGGGGACGUAAUGUUAAAUCCUGAAUAAUUUCACUGUGCACAUCAAACAUUGCCAUUGGAACUUGUCUUAGACCACGCCUUCCAACAUGAGGACCACUCUUUGCACUGGUAUUUUGAUGAUAUAAGAAUUUGUGUCAUAUCCCUUUUUUUGAGGAUCCAUGCUUUAUCUUCACAGAACGAAAAAAACCUUGUUGAUCUGUUGAAGUCUCCAAUCGGCAUGAUCUUGCCAAGAGGCCACUUGUUCCGUAGAACUUCUUGAACGAUUACGAUGUUGCCGAUUUUCAGAUUUCUCUUUGGCCGAAACCAUUUUUGUCUCGGAUUCACGCUGAGGAGGUAAUCCUUUCACCACCUACUCCAAAAUUGUUCUGCCAGAAACUGAACCUUUCGCCAUCGUUUCUGAACGUAAACUUCUUCCUUGACGAAAUUUCCCGGAGGUGGAAGAAGUGUCUUGUUCUUCAUGGUGAGUAGAUGAUUUGGAGUUAGAGGCUCUAACUCUUUGGAUCAUUCAGACAUUGAUAGGUCAAUGGUCGGCCGUUGACUAUAGCCAUGACUUCAUACAAGAAGGUGUGCAAUGACUGUGAGGACGUAUCGAUUCUUCCUUUAUAAUCGUUGAGAACAGAAGUCGGUUGAGUAUGAUUGUCCGGAUGAACGAAUGCAUCUGUUCUUCUCAUACUCCUCCCCAGUGACUGGAAUAAGGGACAUUCAUAACGGAUUCGCAGCGAUUGGUCGUCAAAUAUGAUUGGAUCCAACUGUCCAACUGUCCAACUCCUUCAUGGCGUGUGCGAGUUCAUUCUUUGCUCCUACAAAGUUCGAGCCUUGGUCGGACCUUAGCUGUUGGAUGGGUCCUUGAGUAAUAUAUCAAGCAUGAGACGCAGUGUUUCAUCACCAGAUGAAACACUGAGAAGAGAGUUGAAAGUACGACGCGCAGCGGAGUAUUUUUGACGAACUUCAAGGUGUUUCAUCCGUGAUGAAACACUGUGUCGAAUGCUUGAUAUUACUUCUCAAACAAAAUGAUUUUAGAAGGAGAAAUUAAUGAUGCAAAAAUGAGCAGUUUUUCAUUUGAUUUCCAAACGCUCAUUAAACGUUGAUUUCCUUUAUACUUUCUCUAUGAAUUAUUAGUUUGAGAAGUUACUAUGAAGCAUCUUAAGGCAUUGAUGAAGGCAUUGCUUGUCAUUUCCUCCAACUGCUCUGCAUUGCUCGAGAACUCAUGGAAGUAAAUAUCACUGCGUAUCUCUUCAGUUCCUUUCUUCUUUCCUGAUGGUGAAAGGCUCAAGGCAGUCCAUUCCACAGUAUGUAAAAGGUCGGGUAGAUUCCACUCUAUCUUCGGGUAGAUCUUCCAUCUUCUGGCCUUCUGUUGGUCUUCGAAAUUAUGUAACUCAUAGGUCUUGUUUUGACUCGUCGUCUUCGGCUCGAGGCAUCUCAAGUUUGUAACUCUUUGAGGCGCAAAAGAUCAAGUUUCUAGUGUUCCCACCUUGGCUGAACGUCUUCAGGCAGAGGCUUAUCCCAGCUGACACCUCUACAUGUUUCCUGUAGUAUCAGUUCUUUGAGAUCACGCUCAAUUUUCGUUUCGCUUUGCAAUAACAUUCCGGCGGGCAAGGCGAACCGAAAACAGGUAUCAGGCCCAAUUUUAGCGGUAGCCGUUGGGGAGAAUGUAUGAGAACCGCUAAAAUUGGGCCCGAUCUCAGGUUACUCUUCUAGUUUAGGCUCCUUUAGAACGAUGGUAAAACCGAAGCAUAGCUCUCUCAUUUUAGGGUACUGAUUCGAGCACUUUGCGAUCGGUUGCUAUAAAUUUGUGAAGACGAAGGCUACCCUUCUUGCAAAUUUCACAAGCUCCUCGGAUGAGGUCCUUUGCUUGCUCAUUGGACUCAAUGCAGGGUAAUCCGUCAUCUACGUAGAAAUCACGAGUAAUGAACUAUUGCUGAAGGGGAGGGUACGCUUCUUUCCCUUGACUAGCCAUGUAUUUAAACCAUAGCUGGCCCGACCAGGCGAAGAAGUUGCCCCAAACAAAUGCAUUUUCAUUUUGUAUUCCUUGGGCUCUUGCUUUGUUUCACCAUUAGGCCACUAAAGGAAUCAUUGCAAGUAAGAGCUUAAGGAUAUCGUCUGAAUCUGCAGAGUACGCCCGUCAAAUUGUUAUUUAGGUCAGGUCCGUUGAGUAGAUGAUCGUUCAGGUUCCCUCGAAUCUUUAUUUAUUUAACAACAGUAGCAGACUAAUGACAUUAAUUACACUACAGUACAAAAUGCAAAAAUAAAGAAAUUAAUUAAUUAACGUAUUUAUUGAUUAAAAAUAAUCAUAAUACAACAGUAAUAACAAAAUAAAAUAUUCUUAAAGAUCAAAGCUGUUAUUUGAACACAAUACUUUUUUUCUAAAAAGUCUUUAGUUAGUAAGCAGUACACAAAUACAAGAAAGUCGUCUCAAGAGCAUGCAGGUCACCUGGGAACAAAGGCCGUGAAGGUCUUGAAAUCUGGAUAUCUCUUUUGUUCUUUCAUUUCCCUUGUGGCCUCUCUGUUCCAUCGGGAGAUAAGCCAGUCUGGUAACUUGGCAAGUAACUUCUGUUUUUCCAUAUAUUCAUUUAAGAUGGUUAUAGAUCCUUUACUGUUUGCAUUGCACGUUUCUACACUUGUUGAAAAUCAGCGAAUCCUCUGAGGCCUUGAUGAUCCUUAGCACCAAUCUUUGGCCAUCUUUGUAGCUUGUCUCUGUACGCUUUAGUUACUGUAAAUAGGAGACCAAAUCUGUCGUCCAGAAUGCUCCAUGCUUGUUUGUAAGCUUCCGAUCUACAGUCAACUCUCUCCAAGACGGACACCUCUGGGACCGGCUCUAAGUGUCCGUCUUAGAGAGAUGUCCGUCUUAUAAAGAGUCAAAUAAAGGGAAUAAACAAAGGCAGGAACCAACUCUAGGUGUCCGUUUUACAGAGGUGUCCGUCUUAUAGAGGUGUCCCUUAAGAGAGAGUCGACUGUAAACAAAGGCAGGGACCAACUCUAGGUGUCCGUUUUAUAGAGGUGUCCGUCUUAUAGAGGUGUCCGUUAAGAGAGAGUCGACUGUAAUCUGCUUAUUGCUUGCUUGGCAGAUCCACUAACGUAUCGUUUCAAAUAAUACAUCUUGUCGCUUAAUGGUAGGUUUUUUCGGUGUAUAAGAGCAUAUAGAAGUGAUCUUCAGAGUCAAAGGGAGUUGUACCACGUCCGUUGAUGGUAUAAAAUUAUUGACCAAUCAGGUCAAUAACCAGAGUAUACCAUCAACUGACGUGAUACAAGUCACUGUACAUGUGACUCUGAAGAUGAGUUAACUGCACUGGUUGUCGAAACGUCAGUCACUGUCAACAACAGCAUUCCUAUUCAGGACUACGAUAACCCAGGCAUUCAAACUCAACGUACUUAUAAAAUGACUCCUUCUGGGUUCAAACCUUUCACAGUAUAAGAGCAUAGAAGAUAGUUGGCUCGGGUGUUGGGAGGCGACUUAAGCUGAAUAUGUCCACUGCUGCAGUAACAAUGUCGGCGGUUUUAUCAGCGUUUGAUGAUGAGUCUUGAAGUUGAACUCGAUCCCUUUGGAGAUUUCCUGAUCAGGUCUUUUCACCUUCACUAGGGGACUUAUGUAAGUCUUGAAGCUGCUGAGUGGGUUUUGCUACUGAAUUUGAAGUGCUUACGUCCAAUCUUAAAUGCUUGGGCUCCUUCAGCGGAGGUAGGUAUGCUGGGGUUGUCUGAAGUUGUGUCUGAAUAACAGCGGCGCACAAGAGAUUGUCUUUGACGGGAUCCUUCUCAUUUUCGAUCUCUUCGGCUCAUUGGUACGCCUUUAGCUUCGCCUUUGCGAACAAGAGCAAUAUUACGCGUAUUGUUGUCUUCCUACAAAAAGAAAAAUACAUCUAUUAAGUCAUCUGGCUCAUUGAACAGCACAAAGACAAUGACAGCAGCGGAAAAAAGGCACUAAAUCUUAACUCACCUGGCCAUGCAAAAGAACGAGACCCGGACGAAUUUUGGCAGAGUUCAUACAUUCGCUAUGCGAGACGAAUUUCAGAUGCGUCAUGGCAAAUUGGGUAAACAGGUGUAACUGGAAAAACCAGUCUCGCUGGUAUAGUCACAUAAACUUGUUUUUACAGUUUCCCAUAUUUUUCUAUUAGUUUUAUGGAAACUGGUUGCAGUAAAUCCCAAGGGGUUAAAAAACUCUACCAUCAUUGGCAGCUCUUUUUUAAUCCAAUUAAAGCGGUCCCAAAGGAAAUACACGCUUCCUGGAAAAUGAAGAGUGGGUGACCGGGCCCUUCGUGUGGUAGUCUUCAGAUUUAAGAAAUGAGAUGAAAAAAGACUCCAUUGUUGCAUAUGCUACAAAGCCUAGUUUGUUUGAAAGUCUACGAUUAGGUGCAGUUUUGUAAAGAUAAUCUCACUACGGAUCAGAUAUUGGAUCGAAAUGGGCCACUCUUAAAUUUGGAUGCUUCUGCGAGGUCCUCCAGCCGAAUAUUCGUAUUUCAGCAAAGACACUUUUAAUUUGAAAAUGUCUAUUACUUCAUUUAAUUUAAUUUUUUUUUCAAAAAGUGCGUGGCUGUGUGUGUGUGUGUGUGUGUGUGUGUGUGGGGGGGGCUUUUGUUACUGGUUCCCCCAUGCAUGCCGCUCCUCAUGCGUGGGCCCUGUUGUCUAUGGAAAGUUAGAAACUACAGAAAACAAGACGCUGUGCGCUGUGGGAGCAAGAAAUCUGGGGGUAAAACUAGAAAUAGUUGACACUACAGCUGCCCCCGCACUGUAUAUUGUCGGUCGAUAGCAUUCUUGCUCGUUGUGUAGCUCUUUGAAAUAUACCGAUUCAUAAGGAAGAUUUUCACACAUAUUCCAUACAAUAGGUGAGAUAAAUACAGGAAACGCAAGUUUCCAUGUGCAGUUUCAGGUCGAUUUACACAGCUUUGAUCAAAACAUUCUCAGUUUCGGGAAUAGUUUAUUCUCAACCAUAAGAAAAGAUUUAAUAAGAAGUUGAAUUUUUAGCUAUUUUUCUUUCACUUUUUACAUUCAGUUCAUUUCCGGAAAGGAAGCCUUAGAAAUUAAAAGGACGAUUGAUUAAUUCACACUCGCACAUUCUAGUCUUAUUUUAAACUUUAUAGCGGAAGGACAUCUGUGAGCAGGGAAUAAGUCAGCACAGAAUUUGAUUGUCGGCGAAUUUCUGUAAUCGUCCAUCGUUCUGCUAGUGAGAAGCUAGCUGUUGUUCACUCGUCUUGCUUGUUUGAGGCUGAGUCUUAUUCCGGUAAAAGAGAGAGAAAGAGUGUCCGGCAAGGUUUCCAAUGAAACAUUUGUGAACUCGUGUCUGGCAGACUCUCCAAGUGUUUAUAUACACACACAGUUAUACGCACCUUAUAACUUCUUCUGCGUUUAACGAGUGUCGUUAAAAUUUUGGUCCAUAACUUUCACUGAAACAACUGCUCCACAGACUGUCACUGAUAACACGUAACGCAAAAGAGUGUCGAAGUAUGACUGCACAAUAAAUGUCACAAAAUCUAACUAAGCGGUCCCUUAGGGAUGUUCUGUCUUUACGUCAUCCUAACCAUUUCGUAAUUGCGGGCGCAAACAAUAGAAACGUCAUCAUUACCUACCGAUUCCUCGCGGCCCCUGUUCAAGCUUAUGGAGAUUUUUUCUAUAUUGACUGUAUGACUGUAUAUUUCAACUGUAAGUACUUCCUUAAUAUACGCGCGAGUUACUAGAGUGCCUCCUCGGGAUUUCGUCUUCUGGGCGAAAUACCUGCGGGGGCAAUAAUUAUUAUUUGUGACAUUAGAAGCUCCAUUUGAUCGCCUUCCAUGUUUUCAAUGUCCUUGAAACCUACAGUCAAUAUAAGUUGAUCAUUACUCUUGAGAUUCUCAAGUUUUUUUAAAGAAAUUUAUUAAGCAGUUUCUAAAUUUAUAUGAAAGUUGAAGGCCUGAACCAAAUAACUUACAAAAAUGGUAACAGAAGAAUCUGAACGCAGGCUUAUCAAACUCUUCUUUCUCAAAAUCUGCUAAAGCAACCCCCCUCUUUUUUCGCACACAGUGUCAAAUGGAAUUAAACCGCUCAGAGAUGAAACUGCAUUUCCAGAGCUCAUCAGUUUCUUUAGAUAUUAGUUUGCUACUCAGUAUUGUGUUUAUUCACUAUUUUUGUGACUCUUAAAACUUUGUUCCAAAAUAUUUCCAAAACCCUCUCAUAGAAUUUGAAUGUUUAAACUUCAAUUCGCCUUUUUUGAGGCAGCUAUGGGAGGUACAAGCUCCUUAAAGUGAUUUCUAAAAAAAAAAACACUCCAGCUACUGAGGAAUACAGUGGCAAUUGAAAAUGUAACGGUGUCAUUACCUUGCCAUGGCAACUCUGAUAUUAUUGAAACAUGGAUCAGAACAAACUUUCAAUAUCUUUGCUAAUAGUUAAUGCUCGAACUAGGCAGGUAUUCCCCCUAAAAAUAUCAAGUCAAGCCACCUUAAUUUAUACUUUUGCUAGACUUUUGCUAUGGAAUCACAAGCGAACUGGUUACAAACACAGAUGUUAUUCAGCCCUGACUAUACUACUCAGUAAAGAACAGCCAACAGUAUCUUGGGAACAAAGGCAAUAUGAAGAAAAUAUCCACCUCAUUUCCAGGCUACUUCUUCAUUUUCUUAGAAGCCUGGGGAUAAGGUAAUAUUGCUGAUGAUGUCACCUCUAUUAAAAUAUUUUCAGGGUCAGUCAAAUUUUAGUCAAUGCCAUAAAAUAUACAAUAUUUUGCUCUUGAGAGGUAAUGAAAAAAUUGUUUUUUUGAUCUAUUUAUCUAUAUCUAUUUUGUUAUUUUUUUUGUAGGCUUGCUCAAAGGACCAGCACUGUAUUUGCAAAUCAAGGGGUUCCUGUGUAUAUGUUCAGUAGGAUAACUCCCACACCAUUUGUUGUAAGUCCAUAGAUUACAGGUUAUUUGGGUUAGGAUUAACUUUUGCUGUUGAUGUUUGUGGGAAUGCUUGUGCUUUGCACUGUUAUCCUUUGCAGUUUAAUCCUGUUUUUGCUGUUAUUCUGCUUAUUUUAUUGUGCGGUGACCCAGAAGAUUCCUGGGUCCAGUUGUUCGAACGCUGGUUAGCGCUAACCUGGGAUUAAAUUUUAUCCCCGGUUUCUUUUUCUUUUUAUCAAAAUUAAGCGUUCUCUCGGAUAAUUUGCUCUAUUCUUUUUAGAGAAUCCAAUCAUCAAAUUGUAGGCAUAGUGAAUUAAACUGAAUUUGCUUUUUAAGCUCUUGUAGCUGAGUUCAACUUUCGCACUAACCCUGGGUUAUCUUAAGUAGUCUACUAGGGUCAAAGAUAAGCCCCGUUGGUGACUUCCCUUGGACUUCCCGCAUACUAAUUUGGAUUCCCUCGCAAAAAGUGCGUUCCCUUUAUGAAUAUGCAUAACGGUCGAGUCUAUGGCGUCACCCAUUCUUAUAACCUGGGGAAAAAAUGCGUUCCUCCAUACUUAUGAGGGUCUUCCUGCAUACUAAUAAGGAUACUCGACAAAAAUGCCUUCCCGCAUACUAAUUCGGUAUAGGUUUACUAAUGAGCGUCACUCUACUUCAAUAGGAACAAUAGGCUUGCCUAGACUUGCCCGUGAAGUAGCAUGAGCUCGGUUUUCAGACCGUCUAUUAAAAGAGAAAUAGAGAUUCGAUCACCUACCAACGCGAGAAACGGCUUUCUAUAUCUUAUUUAGCGCUAAACGCAGAUAUGUAAACAAAACACAUACAGAAAGUGGAGUUGAAAAGUCUUUAUUUCAAUUUAGUUUACGUCUUCUUUUCAGCGCUAAAACUCGGAUAUAUAAACAAAACACACGCACGUAUACACGAAGUGGAACUGAAAACUCUCUAUUUCAAUUUUGUCUGACUAUUACAGAACCGUUUUCUCCGCUCUAUCUCGAGGAAAUGAAAAACUAUUAAAGUCUCAGCGUUUCACGCACCGUUAGUCAGUUAAUUAUGCGAGUUCGCAAGCCCAAAGUUGAAUACAAAUUAGCUCUACAGGAAAAACCUCAAUGGAGCACCUUGACGUAUUAUUAUAAAACAAAUAACUUGACAAGGAUCAAUUGAUUAAACACGCGACUAAUAAUUGCUAGCAAUAAAAUCAGACAGGAAAUACCGUUUUAAAACACAAAGAGUCAAAUACACAGCGAUUUGAAAGAAAUCUAUUAAAACAGUCAAAGAAACCAAGCUAUCUUUUUUUACCACGUUUCCUUCCUCAAUUUUUUUUAUUCCCUCCUCCACAAUUUUAUUAUUUUCCCUCCUCAUUCUUGAAUUUCCUCGUCCACAAUUUUAAUAUUUUCCCUCAUUUUUUUAUUUUUCCUCCGCCUCCUCAUUUUUAUUGUUUUCCCUCCUCCACGCUUUUGUGUUACCUUUGAAGACAAAACAAGGUCAAGAACUGGUCAAGGCCUUUCAAAAGAUCCUUUCUACUGGUGAAAAACCUACCAAACUGUAGACGGAUCAAGGAACAGAGUUCCUGAAUCGUGUGUUCCAGAAAUUUCUGAGUGACAGCAACAUUGCCUUUUUUACUGUUAACUCUGGGCUCAAAGUCUCAGUGCUUGAGCGUUUUAACCGAACAUUGAAGAAUAAGAUGUACAAAUAUCUCACGGCCAAAAACAUUCUCACCUAUAUCAAUGUAUUACCCCAGUUAGUAUCUUCUUACAAUAACACCUACCACCGAAGUAUUAAAAUGAAACCGAACCAGGUGACUAAAGCGAAUGAAGCUCAAGUGUGGGAUACUUUGUAUGGGGAUGAUGGUCAAAAGCCUGUGCGAUUUGAAUUUCAAGUCCGUGAUCGCGUGAGGAUUAGCAAAGUAAAGAGAAUGUGUGAAAAAUCUUACGUAAUUUCACGCACGAAAUUUUUACUGUUUACGAGCGAAUGGCUCGUCAAGUACCCGUUUAUAAACUAAAAGAUGAUUCAGGUGAAAUCUUAGAUGGAACAUUUUAUGAGCCAGAAUUGCAGAAAAUUAUUAAGAACGAUGAUGUGUACCGCGUCGAAAAGAUUCCAAGGAACAGAAAGCGUAAAGGAGUAGUAGAGUACCCUGUGAGAUGGAAAGGAUACGAAUACCCAAAAUUUGAUUCUUGGGUUCAAGAAAGUGAUAUUCUGAAGUUGUCAUUUAUGCGUUUUUUUGUGUAGUGAAUAAAGGAAAAGGAAAUAAUAAAAUGAAUGGUGUGUGGUUUCUAAUAAAUUAAGAAUACCCAUGCACGUAUCACUGCGUCCACAAUUUCAUUUUCUUGGUAAUCACGUUUUAGCCCUGAGUCUAUUUGAUGCAUUAAGGAAACAAAAGUUAGUUUCUCUGUUUGCCCUGGUUCGCCGAUCUGACCAGAAAUCUUAAAUUCGCGACGUAGCAAAGAUGAACUCGACUUUGUUUUCGCUAACUGACUCAAUAUAUCUUCCACUCCCUGCUGGCGUUGCUGUAAUCUUUCCAAUUAAGGUGUUCUCGGGUACGAGAACCAUACGCUUUGUGUGAUUCAUUUUAGGUAAGAAUCGAACUUAACACACGGAGAAUGGGAGGUAGCAAAACACUUAAAAAAUUUCCUCCGUGUUGUACCAAAGAUUUCUUGUGAGGUAAAGUUUUUUCUUGGCUGGCUUACUGACGGGCACUGAUCCUUUAAGCACGUUUAAAACACCCUCACAAAUGGUUCUUACUAAAGCGUCGUCUGCCACCAUCAAAAUGGCUUUACGCUGAGCUGGGGUACACUUGACAAGCAGCUUCAGAAAAUCGUGGUUCUUUCUCAGUCGCUGUACCAUCCUCAACUGAAGAAAUUUGAUGUGGUUCACGCUCUUUUUACUUUUCUGACGUAAGGGUACUGAGUCUCCCCGGGAAAAAUAUUCGUACGCAUCCGGAAGUCGGGAGGUGUUUCCGGUUUAAGGUCGCAAAAUAAAUAUCCAUAGGGCCUUUUUGUUGCAUCCUCAAACGCUUCUUGCAUGUAUUUGACAUGACUGGGAAACAUUUGUCUUGCUAAAUGAUUGACCUGACUACUAUCACGCGGGCUUUUGAACACCACUAAGUAAUGAGAAUUCCAACUCAUAUCUCUCAGUUCUUUUCCACGAUGAAAAAUGUUUUGGAGAAUAAAGAUCACGCUGAGAUUGCGAUGGUGACAGCCCUCGGUAAACAAAUUAGUCAUUCGCUGAUCAUUGCUAAGUUCGUGCAUUAAGUCAUCAAUGACGACUAAAUUCCGAAUAGAGGGAUUAAUUAGGGUUUCCAGAUCACCAGGCACUCCUUCGAUAAACACAAUGUUCGGAAUCGUUUUAAGCAUCUCAUCGUAGGCUGGUUGUUACAUGCUUUAACACCAGAUGUUAUUUUCCGGGGCACCAUCAAUCAUGUCUUCCCCCCGAUUCAAGUAAACGUUUUACAAGCUGACUUUUCCCACAACAUGUUGGGCCGGCCACAAGCGCGGGGAAAGGAUGUUUCCAUCUCGGAUCCAUGAUCAUAACUGAUUAACUGAAUGGUGCGUACUAUCAUUUAUAGAAAAAUUGUUUUAGGUUCAGCCUCUUUCUCGUAAACACGAACCACAUUGGUGUUUUGUAGUUUAGCAAACUGUAGCCAAUAUUUUCGCUCUGUCUCUGUUAACUCGUGUACUUGAGUUAAAUGAUUUGCCAAUCGAACUAAAAAUUGAGAAUGAAAUCCCGGUAUGGGGCAGUGUUUACAUCUUAGUUUCUUCAUGUUAUCAAGUUAUCAAGUUUGAUUUCAACUGAAUAAAACUAUUUGCGACACGAAAUUUAUUGUUGAUUUUCGAGGGCACUUAGGGCAGAAAGGGCACCUUUUUAGCCCUGUGUUUUCCCAGGAAGCGCGCGAGGAAAGGCACGUGCGUGGCUAGACAGAGAACAAGCCAUUAUUAAAAUUCUCCCAACUUUGUUUAUUUACAAACUAUCUAACAAUGACAAUCUUUCAGAACUUUUUAGGAAACUCUUUCAUAUACAAUGCUAUUUACACUUGAGUGUAGGUAUACACGGUGUUGUUAACUACUCUGAACCCCCGAUUGACCCCAGCACUAUUUUGUUUGGUUAAUAGUACAUUUAAAUAUUUAUCUUUGUUAAUCUCGUUACAUUUCUUGUUAACCCCUUUGCAAGAAAACUUAUCUUUCGCCCCAAAGCAAUGAACACAACCCGAUAAUUCCUUGUCCCUCCCACUCAACCUUAAAAAGACCCAGGGUUCGCUUAUCAUAGGCCUUAUGCUCGGGUGUAUCCGUACGGGGAAACCAGUUACAUUUAUCGGCUUCGAACUCUGCUUUCAAUUUUGGUUUGACUAAACUUUCUACACUCUCCCCAGCAAUAGCGAUAUACGCACUGUCUGUGUCCAUUUCACACAUUUGAAAAUCGCUACGGUCUAAAUACUUGUCCAUGAAAUCAUAAUAAAACGGUAGCAUGCGAAGUUUGGCAUACUGAUACACAAAAAAACCUAGAUUCCGUCUUCAUGACUGAGUCUUUUACACUUUUUGCAAUUAUUAAAGGGUCAUAAAGUGGAUUUCUUGUGUCUUAAGAAACGUGUCUGGUUUUAUCGCGAGCGAUUAUUAGUCGUGUGUUUCAAUUGAUCCUUGUUAAGUUAUUGGUUUCUUUUUGGGUGUUUUUAUAAUAAUGCGUCAAGAUGCUCCCUUGGGGUUUUUACUUCAGAGCUAAUUUGUAUGCAACAGUGAACUUGUGAACUCGCAUAAUUAUCUGACUAACGGCGAGUGAAACGCUGAGACUGUAACAGUUUUUCAUUUCCUCGAGAUAGAAAGGAGAAAACGGUUUUGUAAUAGUCAGACAAAAUUGAAAUAGAGAGUUUUCAGCACCACUUCGUGUAUUAUGUGCGUGUGUUUUGUUUAUAUUUCCGCGUUUUAGCGCUAAAUAAGGAGACGUAAACUAAAUUGAAAUAAAGACCUUUCAACUCCACUUUCUGUGUGUGUUUUGUUUAUAUAUCUGAGUUAAGCGCUAAAUGGUGAUCGCUUCUCUUAUUCCUAUUUCUCUUUUAAUAGACGGUCUGAAAACCGAGCUCAAGUUACUUCACCGGCAAGUCUAGGCAAGCCUAUUGUUCCUAUUGAAGUAGAGUGACGCUCCCCUAGCUUACUUAAUGUAGUGGCCUCAGACAUUCACAAUUUUGCCAUUGCUCAUAAUAUGAGACUUAAUCCAACCCAGUGUAAAGAAAUGCAUAUUAAUUUCCUACGUAACUCUAAUUGUCUCAUUAACCCGCUAAUAAUUGGCGGCAAUGUCAUCAAGCGUGUCAAUACCUAUAAGAUCUUAGGAGUUAUUAUGAACAAUGACCUGAAGUGGAACUGUCAUGUUGAUUACAUUAUUAAGAAAGCUUGUAAGAAGUUAUACUCCCUUAGAGUUCUCCGCAGAGUCAGGGUGAGCCAACCCAACAUCUUGAGGAUAUACCUUAGCACAUUCCGGCCAGUUUUAGAGUAUGCUGUAUCAGUUUGGCAGGACAUCCCUGCUUACCUGUCCGAAGCCAUAGAGCGAGUGCAAAAAAGGGCGCUUAACAUAAUCUACCCCGAGGCAGAGUCAUAUGCUCAUGCCUUACAGUUAGGUAAACUAGAUAGGUUAGAUGAUAGAAGAGUACUCUUGUGCUACAAAUAUAUGGCGAAAAUGAAGUCCCCCAGCCACCCUCUGCACCACCUACUUCCCAGCCCACUUUUGGACGCGCCUAACUACACCUUAAGGCAGAAAACACAAAAGUAUUAUCUUUUCCGGAACAUGCAGGUCUGUAGGACAAAGAGAGUGGAGGACUUCUUUACAUUUAAAUUUUUUAAGUGAUUCAAUUGUUAUUUUCAUUGUUAUAACUGUAAAUUACUACACUAUAGAUAAUAGUUGCCUGAAGAUUGUAAGAUGUACUCGAUAAUUCAGUUCUUUUUACUGCAAGAGAGUUUUAAUAAACUAUUCAUAUUCAUAUUACUAAACCUAAUACCGAAUUAGUAUGCGGGAAGGCAUUUUUGUCGAGUAUCCUUAUUAGUAUGCAGGAAGACCCUCAUUAGUACGGAGGAACGCAUUUUUUCCCCAGGUUAUAAGAAUGGGUAACGUCAUAGACUCGACCGUUAUGCAUAUUAAUAAAGGGAACGCACUUUUUGUGAGGGAAUCCAAAUUAGUAUGCCGGAAGUCCAAGGGAAGUCCAAAAUGAGGCUUAAUUUUGCUGAAGCAUGACUACUAUCUUAACCCAGCUUCGAACAACCCGGCCCUGUUUUAUUUUGUUCAUCAUCCAGAAUUAGCAGUUUGGUUCUACAGCUGUAACAGUGUAUGCUCCUUUAAUCUGCAGCUUUUUUGCUAUGGAGCUUGCUCCAUUGUUAGCAGUCUGUGAUUUGCAAUCUAUUGCACAAAAAUCCCUCAGUGGUGACACAGGCCUGAAAAGGGAGUGAACCUUAUAGUUCAGUUGUUUUUGUUGAAAUAAUAGAGAAUAUUAGUGGUAUGACCACACGAUUCCAUUGAUUUAAAUUAAUUUACUUUCAUAAUUUUUUGAUUGUGUGAUGUUAUGUGUUUCACUUGACUUGUUCGUGCAUCUAUAAAAUAUAUUAGUAAGAGUUAUCGGCCUGAAGUAAGGGGUUAUGUGAUUUAUUUUCCUCGUGCGUUACGCGAGGGGUAUAAAUCACAUAACCACGAGCUAGAAAGGCCGAUAAACGACCCUUAUUUUUACAUUGGCAAGGAUUCCUCGAGGGAUGCAAAAAUAUAUUGACGAAGAAUGCCUCUAUUGUUCAUCUUUUCUUUUUAACCCUCCAUGCUGGCUUUGGUGGCAUUCACGAGUUUGUGGGCUUUUUAAUUAUGUUAGUUUUUCAAAGUCGUAUUUCGAAUUAGUUGUUCUUAGUAAAUGCUAGAAAGAGCCUAAAGAGCCUAGCAUUGUCGAGCGAGAAGUCAGAGUCGUAUAUUACUCAAACAAGAACGCUCUUAGUAGCGUUGAGUCUCGCUUGCUUCGAGCCCGUGGGGCUUGGAAAUAAGUUUUGUUGUCAAAGGCGGUGGUGCUGUUAUGCUACGUUUCCGUUUAUUGAAUACAAAACGAGUGUUAUAUGUCAUAAUCUAAAUACUCAAAACGUAAAAAUUGCAGGGAGAGCAGGCCGCACAUCCGGCUUAGUUUCACACCGGUGUGAAACCUUUGAAAACCUUGUACAUCUUGAUAUUGCUCCAGUGAGGAGAACUCUUUCAGGGAAUUUACACUCAAAAUAUUGAACGAUGAUUUUUAUCAGUAUAAAUAUAUAUAUAGCUUCUAUGUAGCGGAGCAAGAUACGGCGCGGUACAGUUUUUGUUCACAAUAGGAAAAAUGUGUAAGUUUUGCAGAACCUUAUAUAACAGACAGUUAAUUAAGUUUGCGCCUAUUCCUUUUGAAUUUGUUGUUCGUUUUAUAAGAUAUCAAAAUCGCGUGAAAGUAAUUACAUUUUCCAUAGCUGCUUAGUACCUGCCUUUGAUAUCUCCGUACAGUUGAUGUUUACACGAUCUCAGAGUACAUUUUUUUUCGACCACUGAAGUGAUCACUUGUUCUAAAGUAAUCAACGCUUUCAAGCGAUAGAAUUCGUAGACCGGCCUGUUCCGGAAAAGCUCGAUAUGGGAUUUCUAUUCUGUGGACACGAAGUGCUGCAAGUCGAGUGCAUGUUACUCAAGUACAAAGCUACCCGUAUAAACACAUCCGUGACACAUACGUAACGUCAGACGGGUAGCUGGAGUUGCUUCUAGUUGGAGUCGAAGGAUAAAGCAUUGAUAUCUCAUGUAUUUAUUAAGUGCAACGCGACGUCACAUCUUAACAACUACGAAAAUCUAUCAAUUACAUACAUACAACAAAGUGAAUCUUUUUAACCGUAGGGUUCCAGUAAUUGCGACAAUAUUCUGAGAAACGUAACGCCUCAAUACACCACAAUAAUAUUUUAUCAUCCAACUAGGAGUAUUUACUUUUUAAUACACUGGCAUAAUUACACGAAAAUCAAGGGCCUCAACUGGCGGAAAAUUACAUCAUUGCUAAAACCGUGUUCAACUUACAUGCAGUCAUCGCCGAAAAUAAACCGCAUGCUCAUCACGAGAUCAUUUGCAUAAAACGAAGGUCGUCACGAUUCUUAUCCCUAGUUUCCACGGUCUCCGCUAGAAACGCGUGGCCUACAAUCUAGGGAAGACCGACGGAAAAAAAAAAUGAGUCUCGCUCUGCUAAAGCAAGCUCGACUAAUAAGCGCGUACAACUCCAUGCGUAGAACAAACCGACAUUUACCGUCGCCUGUACAAUAAUAAUACUGAUGUACAAAAUAUCAAAUUGUUCGUUACAAGUAUCCAACAUCAUAAAAAAGGAAAAGAGUUAAACUUACGAUGAUUUGCUUGUUCUUUUUAACUUCAUCAUCGAAGUUCUGCUCAUGAAGAUUCUUGCUUUUUCAACAUCUGAUGUAUUCACUUCUUUCAAAGUUUUCAACGCUUUCAAACGAUAUAAUUCGUGGAACGACCCAUUCCGAAAACGCUCGACAUCUUUUAGUGUGGGUCUACCACGAAUGGUGUGUGGAUUUGUAAGCGGCAUCACCGUAUAAUCCGUUAAUCCUUCCAAAUUUUUCUUCUCAAAACAUAGCAUUCUGAAAAUUGUACGUUGUUUUCGAAGCGGGCGUCGACGCAUCGUGUCGAUUCUCAUCCCCAGAUUCUGCGCCGCCAUGACCCCCUACACGUGUUUACAAAACUACGUUCAGUUAUGUUUAAUUUUUCGCAAGUGAAUACAUAACCAAAUUACGAUAAGAUCGCUCGGGAUACAUUGCAGCACGUGAUCAAAGCAUGUUGGAAAGUGGCGUGACAGAAGGCGGGAAAAACACUGCUAGGCCCAACAGGAGGGCAUUUUGCGUGCGCAUGCGUGCAACCGCUGUACAAAGGGGGUGUGAUUGCGGUAAUCAAAAUGGCGCGGGAAAUUCAAAUUGUACUUUUCAUGUUCGUUUUGGUGUCAUUUCUUAUUGUAAGUUUCACUAUACAAGGAAAUCGUGCUGCAGAAAAGUGCGCAGUGUGUGGAAAGACUAUUGUUGGAGAGGACGGAAGGCCUGCUUCUGGUUAUAAGAAAGAUUUUCUAUCUUGCUUCGGCAUCGAUGCGAACACUGACGGGAAAAUAUGUGGACAGUGCAGGAAAGCCGUAACAGACCACCGAAAAUCGGGUCAAAAGUUUUUUUUCAUGUAAGUACGAUAAAUUUCAGAUCGUAUCGUACAUAAAAUGUAAUCGUCUCAAAAUGAAACAUUUCCAAUUACAGCUAGUCGGAAAGUUCGCUCGAGGAAGGGGAAGGCCGCCGCGCAAGAAAGAAUUUCCCCCAAAAUGUGCCGUUUUGGGUCUUACCCAAGGCGAUGGAAAGAAAUUAACGUCAACAGCAACGCAAACAGUGGAACGAGUUGCUGAUGCUGUCGACAUUAGUUCCCGUGGCAUGUUAGAUUUAAGUGAGUGGGAGGUAGAAGAAACGUGUUUUGGGGAUCUCCUUCGUGGUCCCCUCGGCGAUACCCUAAUGCCAGCAGGGCUAUUUGAAGAAGUAACGGACCACAUGAAGCAGCUAUCAAAACGUAAGACUCACAAUAGUUUAUAAUCUUCUCUUUUAUUAGGGAGGGAAGGGGAGAAAUAUCACAACUGCCCCUAGAAGCACACGAAACAAUAUUUUAUUAUCAUCUUACAGGGUGCGACUUAAAAAAAGAAAUUCAGCUACUGAAGGAGAGGAUGUAUCAAGAGUUUACUUUGCGCAGGAGGCCUCCAAUCCACGAUCCUAAAGAGUUUCAAAUCUUCUGUCGUUCAGCCGGAGCCCCCACCAUUUUCGAUACAAUAUUAAACGCAAUGACGGACCUAAGACAUUCACAGUUAAGACUAGGCACCAACGAAAAACGAACUGUUGCCAUCAUUUACAAGCUAUGUUACGGACUUAGCCAGGUUUGCAACUGGUUGCAAACCGACCAUGCAUUGUUUCUAAAAGACUCAAAUCUAAACCAAAGAGGCUUAGAAGCCCAAAGAGAAAUGGGAAAAUCCUGUUGCCGGAGAAGAGUCAACAUUCUACAUGCAGAACUUGCAGAAAGUAACACAAAUAUGAUAGGAGAACUGAUUUCGGAAGCUAUUAAAGAACAAUGGCAACUGGUGUUAAUCAUUGACGAUUACACUUCAAUACACAGCAAACGACGUCCAAAAACCGAUCAACUAUGCCAUCCCAAAAGUAUGUGCACAAUAGUAGUUAAAGUGUUUAAAAAUGUCGAGGCAAUUCCGAGAUGUUCAGCAACAACAUAUCGUAAUGUAGACGGCAUAGACAUUACCUCUUGUGUCAAGACUUUGUCAAGUUCAUCCUCAAUGUACAAACUGGCCUUUACCUAUUCAUCUGCAAUGCCUGCCUGGAUACGUAACACGUUCUUCAAUCCAGAACUCGAAAGGCACAGACUUGCCGUGCAUGAAUAUAAUGAGAAUGACUCUGUGAGGACGAUGAGGCAGAUGACAGACGUUCAUUUACUGCAAUUCAUUGAGCUUACUCUUAAAAGCAAGAAGGACUUUUCGGCCGCAUAUGACAUUGUUCUGAGUACAAGAAUGGCUGACUACUUAAAAAAAUUUCUUGUAAUUCAGCCUGGAGACUGGCCUGCGCAGUUUUACAGUAGACAGAUUAUUUACGAAACGCUGCAAAAAUACUAUCGAUCCUCCCCCGAUACACUUCAUGGUACACCCAUUCCUACGGAUCAUGAAUAUACAACACCAUUUAAUUCUGGAUAUCGUCAGUGGGCAACCGCCGAAGAAAGUCCUGCACACAUCAAUAGUCAGCCUGCCAUCUUAUCUCUUAUUCCAUGUAUAGGUCCUCUUCACAUCUCUCUGAACGGCAGAGAAACAGUAUUUAAAGAUUUUGUGGGCUUCUUUGAAAAUAUUUAUUCUUUUUCCCAGAAGCAAGUUGCCAAAAACUCCCAGGCCAUGGCGCAUUAGUCUUAUUCUUAAAGUCGUUUAUGGAGGCUGGCUGUUUAUCAGGGAAGCUGUGAAAGAAAAAUUCAAAGUUUGUAAAGACAUAGAGUACAUGACAUUGCUAAACUUGUUAGACAAUUACAUACCACUUGUUCUGACAAUUUACAGCACAUCGUUCAAGCUAAACAACUUCUUUGAAUACUUCAUACGAAUAUGGACUAUGUUCAUGUGUCUCGAGCGGCAUCAUUAUGACAAGGCUCCUCUUGUGUGGAUAGCGAUGUGUACUUACUGGGGGAUAAAUAACCCUGACCUAUAUCUCAUGCUUCGUUUGUUUUAGUUAUUUUUGAUGAGUACCCUGUGGAAAAUGCCCAUAGCAUCAUUAGAUCAAAGACAAGUGACAGUGACACAAUUGAACAGAUGCAGCAGAAAGCAAAGGGUUCAUUUCAAUCAAAAGCAGCGCAGCAUUCAUUUAAAUCUUAUUUUUCCCCUCCUUCUAGCUUUACCUUCAGUGCUAACCAGCUGAAAUAUCUAAAAAUGAAGUGUGCAGCAUUAAUUUCUUCAAUAUUCAUAAAGAUAGCCCAGAAUCCGGGAAAAGGGGAAUUCAGAGGCAAGGGGAAAAACCUGAGGGUGGUUUUGCCAAGAAUCUUUGGACCAGACCCUGUUAAAACCAAAAUACUUCCUCUAGGCUAUUGCUCUGAGAUUAAGCCUGAUCCCGACAAGAUAUGCGACAUGCCAGGUUGUACUGUAACAAAUGAUGCUGAGUGGGUUCUCCUUGAAGGAUGUUCUCACUCAUUUCACCUCACUUGCCUCUCAGAAAUCCAACACUGCCCACUGUGCCAAAAAUUUGUACAGCAAAAAGCAGAUAGCCUGGGAACCACAGCAAAGAAUGCAAUCCUCAACCCCAAAAACAGAAACACAGAGAAAAACAAAGGCAGUGAUUCAGUAACACCACAAGAUGAAUCUAACUUGCUUGACACAUCAAAGGAACCUACAUGUAAUGUACCUAACAGUGAAAUAAAGGAUUUGGAUGCCAAUAUUACUUACUUGAUCAAUCAAAUAUCUACCUUAUCACCUAUUGCCCCUCCAUCACAAAGGAAACACUCUAAACAACAGCAACCCACUACAGUUACUAAACCACCCCACUGUAAGAAGUGCGGCCAUCUAGUCAAAGGGCAUAAAAGACCAAAAGGAAAUCAAGUUAAGUGUGAGCAGUGUCCUGGGGGUAUAUGUACAUCUACUGAUGCUGAUAGACGCAAUUGUAACUGUGAGUGGCACAGUACAGACACAUCGCAACAACUUCACUCAAUCACUAACCAGCAAGUGUUACAAACACCCACUAAUCAACUAGCACUUCACGUCACACUCCAUGGCAGUGUUAAAGAAUGGUUAUUACCACCUCAAAUUUGUCAGUCUAUGAUUUUUGGUGUUCGAAUAGGAAGUAAUGCAUGUACCAUCAUAGCAACAAUUGGGGCAAGCAAAUUCCUUUCUGGAGAGCUAAUAAUACCUACAAAGGAUGAAAACGUUCUCCGAACUGUGUCAGCAUUUGCUGGUAUCAUCAAGUGUGGUAACAUUAUGUACAGGCAAAUCAACUUAUCACCAAGCCAAGUUAACCUUGACGUCAGAGAAGCUAUAGCCACAAGGAGUGACCAGUUCUCCUUAAUGAUCACAGAAGACAUUGGCAUAUUUUCAACUGAAUUUCUACAAAGCAAAAUGCAGGAAAUUGUUCAGAUAUCAGAGGACACAUGUACAAUAUUAAUUGUUCCACCCGACAAGUCUAUACUUAUUUGCUUUGACCAUACACAGAGAAUAAUGGCUUUAUUUGAGAGUCAUAAACACCAAGGAUAUGGUGGUCUGAUUGCUGUAGGGUGUUAUGAUGAUAUCAGAAGAUUUAUUAUGUAUAUUGAGCACAUGGUUGCUCGGGACUGGCAGACCAGAAUUCCUGGUACAAAUAUGACUGUUCUCAAGACAAGAAGUGUAAAUUUAUAACUAUCCAUUGACAUCAAGUAAUGGCAAAUUGCAGUUGAAAAACGAUUUUUUGGCCCCAUAAGAAAUAUAUUUCUGAAAAAUACAUUAAUCGCUGGUUAAUUUAACACCAUAUUUAAUUUGGGGAGAAAGGCUAGAUUUUGAGUUUUGCAGCCAAAUACUAUGUAAAUUACUGUAAUAAAUUAUAAAGGAAUAGUGUACCAGCAGAAAGCAUUAAAAAAUUUCACAUUUGAGGUUGAUUGCACUCAUUUUUUCCCCUUGCUAUUAAGAAAGAGUGAUAAUAUCAUAGUGUGAAGCUUUCAGGGGGAAUGCUCGAUUUUGUAAACAAAACCACAUUUGAACAUUUUGUGAAUAAAAUACCCUCCAGCAAUGUACGAUGAAAGAAACUACAAAUUACCACACCCAGCGAUUUUUCUGAGUUUUAAUUAUUGUGCCCAGCUAUCGUUGAGGUACUCCAGAAUACAUUAAGCAUCAGUAAACGCUGGGGAGAAAGGCUGGAUUUGGAGAUAACUUAAUCCAGAAACCCGUGAAAUAGUAAUUUUUGCUGGAAAACACAAAAAUCAACUACGUUUCGUUUAAAAUAUAAAUGUUUGAUCACAUCCGUAUGUACUAAAAAAUGUCGUAUCACAUGUAGCUACUCACUUGCUGCAGUGCUUUGACGGUUUAACUUCUUCUACAGUUUCAAAGAAAGGCUUGACAUUCAAGCUCGUAGCAAUACUUCGUCGCCAUAUUGUCCUCGUUGAAUGUUCCACACAGAAAAUAUCCAAGCUAAUAGACGGCAUUUGUGUUCUUAUAAGUACCGAGUCGACUGUUUUGAUUCGCUCCGCUUAAGCGUAUUCUUUUGUUGCUGUUGAGUACGUUGAAGUGAAAGUUCAGAAAUAUAAUACUUAAUGUCAGGUCCCUCGGGAAACCAGUUAGUUUUGCUUUCCCGAGAGUCCUGAUGUUUUCCGAGACGAACUGACAUUAAGUGUAUAAUAUGCAAUGGGGAUAAGUCACUUAUCUCCCUUGCAUAUUAAUACAUAAUCUCCUCGCAUUUUAAUUAGCUGUUCAUUAGCCCCUCUCUUUCCUUCAAGCAAUCAAAACCACACCCAGCUUUUCAGACGGUUGAUUCGGGGGUUAUGUAACAUACUUCCCCCGUAAAGAACACAGGAAUCCGAGCUUAUGUAAAAAUAAUAAUAGUCAAACUGUAGUGUGAAUCAUGCAUUAAGUGAAAAAUUUUUUUUCUCCUUGACAAAAAUUUGGUUUUGCCAGGUCUUGUGUUUUAAUCUCUUUGUUGUACAUAUGCAUGUAUCAAUCAUUCAAGUGCAUUGUGUUGAUCAGGUGUAUAACAUCAAUGCACCGUUAUUUUUACUUCUUUGAUUCCUACUUUGUUGUUUUUAUUUUAUAGCCAUACAGUGUGUUAAGGUAUAGAUGUGCAUGUGGAAUUAUGAUCACUGCCUCCCACAACCCAAAAGAUGACAAUGGUUAUAAGGUACAAAAUAGAAACCAAUGGUUAAACAUUUCUGGAAACGCAUCGCUCUGUCUGACCAUAGCAGAGCGUGACUUUAAUGGGCUAAAUAAACAACACUUUUUGAAUCACAAGUCCAUUUUGAUUGAAUGGUGUUAUUUUUGCCAAACUGGAAUGAAAAAACUGAUGCAACGAGGAAAUUGCUACAAUGGUCACAUCUUCUCUUUUUUUACAUUUGAAACAUUUCUUGAGUACAACGGUCUCUUCCUCGCUGGUGUUUUUUUUUAAUAGCGGAGCUCCACCGCGCGCGAGGCACUCGUGAGCUGAGCCCCCUAGCUAAGAAAAUUUGGUUAUCUAUCCAUCUGAGAAAAUUUGGUAGUCACAUGACCCUAUGCCCAUCCACCCGUACAGGCAGCCAAUGGAGUCUGUCUAGUGUAGAUCUUGAAUUUCGUUUACGACAAAAAACUUCGAAAGAUAUAUUUUUCAGGAUGUGCCUUUAACUUGGUCACGUUUUUUGUCAUGCUCCGGUCGCCAGUUGUUUGAAAGGUAGCCUGCGAACGGCAGACGUUUCUCCUCGCUCAUCGCCGCUGGGGGACGUUUCGCGAGGAGGAACGUCUUCGCCUCAGCGACAGAAAUUCCCUACUGAUGACGUAAAUCAAUGUUUACAUAAUAAAUCCGGUAGUCAUGGGGUUCCAAAUGCAAAUGUGUUCAAUUUUAGGUUUCUCCUGGUCGAUUUUGGUAAAGUGUUAUGUUCAUCUGUGAAUGAGCUCCAGCAAAACUCAAAUGCUUCUAGAGAAGACUAUAUUCCACAAAUAUUGGCUGCUUUGUUAGAGAUUCAUCGCGUUUACGUUUGACCUUUGCGGCCUUUUGUCUUUUGUCUGUCAUUCGUAAACAGUAGCUAAAACAAUGAAAGUAGUCUGUCGACCAAUUAGCGCUUCUGACUGGAUUCCGGACAGAUUUUGCGUCAUCAGUAUGGAAUUCCUGUCGCUGAGUCGCAGACGUUCCUCCUCGCGAAACGUCCCCCAGCAGCGAUGAGCGAGGAGAAACGUCUGCCAUUCGCAGGCUAUUUGAAAGGCGGAUAGCGUAAUCCACUGGAUAAAUCACUACCCACUGGAUAGCGCAAUUGUCUUCUCUAAUACUUAUCCGAUGGAUAGCACCAUCCAUCUUUUGAACAACGGGGCCCAGGAGUUUAAAUCUUGUCGACCAGAUUGGUCAAAGUUUUGACAGGUGAAGCCAUGCGUAAAACUUAAUUUAUAAUUCAAUACUGGUAGCCAAAAUGGUUAAAUAAGUAAUUCGCUGUCCUAGGUUUCACAUCAAAAGAAACAAAUGGAUACUGUGAUUCGUAAAAUUUAAUGUAAAGGCUAAUUUACAUAUAAGUGUUCGUCCGGGGCCCGAUAGAACGGUAGAAAGCUGAAAACUUAAUAAAGUUUUUACGGCGAACACAAAAGUCGGCCCGAUUUUUAUUUUAGGUCUUUCCUUUAGACAGAAAUAUUGACUCUAAAAAUCACAACAAGAAAUUGGCUGCUACCAAAGAGUAUCGUGCAUUAAGGUCUCGGUAAAUGAAAAUUUUAGUACAUUGCUCGAUUUUGUUUUUUUUUAUUUUUGGCAUGAGUGGGUCCUAAAUUUUAUUUUGGCAGAAAAAGAAAACCAGAAAGUGCUUUUUAACCCUUCUAAAAUGAGCCUUUUCUGAGCUAACCAGCCAAGCGUGGACCUCGCGCUAAAUCUUUAGAGCUGAUUUUCUCGCACUCUAUUUUAGGCGCAAAAAUCAAAAUUCUCCGACCUCCAGUCGAGACAGGUUUUAAGCUAUCGCUUUGAAACUUUCAGAUAUGAUGGAUAAUGAUAUAGACUCAAAAAGGGUGUGAGGAAUUUUCCGAUUUCACUUUGUAACUCAUUUUAUGUCAGUUUCUUUGCGUAAAUCGCGCUCGAGAUUCGACUUUUUAGUUUGAAAUGCAAUAAUUCCGCUAAUACGAAACAUAUGCAAAUUUCCUCACACCCUUUUUUAGGUCUUUUAUCUGUCAAUCAGAUGAAAUAAAAAGGAAGUGAAUAUUUAAUAACGCGGAAGGGCUGGUGCUUCAGCAGUAAACUUGAUACCUCUGAGUUCGAGAGCAAAAAACUUAAGCGCCUUUUGAAAUUCGAUGAAAUAAAAUCUUUUAUAAGGUAAUUUAGUCUUUCAGCUUUAAUUUGAUAUAUAACUUGCUUUUGUAGCGAAAAUACUCGCGCGACUAGGAUUUUUUUCUUUGGGCACCUCGUUUUCCUUUACCGAGACCUUAAAAUGAUUGGUUUUUUUUCUGCUGUAAACACCGGGUAUAAGAGUUUUAGCUUAAUGGGGGAGUUUUCAUUUCAGGCGUGUUUGUGGGAUAUCACUCAGCCCCUCCGAUCGCUCAAAAGGAGGAUUCUUCUUAGUGACUUAGGUUUUUAGCGGAGCUCUCACGCGCGCAUAGCGCGUGCAGCGGAGCACCGUGGGUAAGCAAAUUUGGUUAUCCCUGUAUCCAAGAAAUUUUGGUUGUGAGAAAAUCGUCCCUCUGUCCGUAUGUACGUCCACCCAUUCAUGUAAAGCGUGGUGAAAUUUCGCGCUUAAAGCACCCGCGCGUUUCGGCAGCACAUCGAAUGGUCACCUGGACGUUUUAAGAGAAAGAAACAACAACAAAGGUCGAGUCUUUCUUUCGACUAAAUUUUAAUGUCUACGUUGCAGGUCAAAAUUAAAUUCAGGUUAAAACCUAGGUUUAACCUCGGUGGAUUCUCAAUUCCUCUGUCUUCUAGUCCUAAUUAUUCAUGGUUUAGGGCUAGGAGACAAAGGAAAUUGAGAAUCAACCUAGGUUAAAAAAUUUUAACCUGUAACAUCUACAUUAAUGUGGGUAACGGAGAAAGAGCUAGAGACAGAGAUCAAAAACAUAGGAGACAAAUUUCGCUAGCAGAGAAAAUGAGAAGUCCUAGCGACCACCAAGGUGAAAAUGAGCGACCGUAAAAAAAAUGCCAACAGGGAUACAUACGACAGUUGAAGAAGUUUCCAGAAGUUUCACUUUGUAGUCGUGCAAAACAAAGGCAAAGAAAUGUACAUUUGCAGCAAGUUCAAGGCGCAAAGUUGUUUUUGCUAAUAAGACCAAUGGAUGUUUUUGUCGACCUCGUUGCCUUCGCCAUUUAGCAAAACACGAUUUUAUGUUUUGUUUGAGAUACUAUAAAUAUUAAACAGAGCUUCGCUUUUAGGCCCUGAGUAAAUGUAUAUAUUAUUAUAUAUAAGUUAAUUGCUUUUAUUAUAAGUUUGUAAAUGGAGGCUUCGCCUUUAGCCCUGGCUAAAUCUACAUAUUAUAGCAAGAUGGUGCUAAUAAUUCUUUAAGAUUUCUUAACCGUCAAAAAGAUGGUACAAUAGAAUUAGAAGGAAAGCCCUUUCAUUCUAUGAUCAUUUUUUGAUGAUGCGACCCACAUCGGGUAGGUUUGGAUUAACAGAUUAUUGUAGUCACAAAUGGAAAUAAUUUCUUCGAAUUUUUUUUUACUCGGUUAAGCAAGUCACUUUUGGAAACGGUAUUUUUUGUAAGCUUAAACAUGGAAGUUUUUAAAUUGAUAAAUUAUCACUGAAAGGAAAUAUUAUUAAAUAAAUAGAUGUGGUUAACGGUCAACCUAUGUCAGCAUUGCCUUUUUUAAAAUUGGCACAGGCUGCAUCAGCUUUUCAGCAUCGAUUAGUGUCUGUGUAAUAGAUUAUGUGCUUGAUUAAAUCAUUAAGUAUUGUAAGCACCUUUUUAUUUACUUCUUAUUAGGUUUACUUGGACAAUGGAGCCCAGGUAAGAAUUAAAAUUCAGUAAAUUGCUUUAUAAGGUGAUAGAAUUAAUUCUACCAAAGGACAUUAGCCAUUCACCCUUUACCAUUGUAUUUUCAAGAUUGAAGAAGCAGUUUAUCAUUGGUGUGCUGUAUUCAUUCAUUUGUGUUUCUAAAGGUCAAUACAAAUUACCUUGUUUGAUUGCUGCAAUCUAAAUUUCUUUAAAUAUCACCAUUGACAAGUGCAGUUAUGUUUCACGUGUAGGACUCACUGCUUUCUCUACCCUUCUUCUUUGUCAGUGUUUCAUUAUUUUCAGUGGAGUGCAGCAGGAAUUCCGCACCUAUGUGCAGGCUAAAUAUCAAUUUCAGGGAUGUCACUAAAAUUUCAAUUUGCCCGGUAAAUACAACAAGUAGGCGGGGAAUAAAACAGCUAGGGGUUUCUUUUGGUUCUAUUUUUCUUCUAUUCCCCGCCUCUUAAUGACAGCCCUGAAUUUAUUGUUGAACAAGGCUAGAUAUGUACAAUUAUCCAGUUUAAGUAUGGUUUUGUUGGCUAAGGUUGAUAAAACCCGCUGAGAAAUGCUGCAAUGCAUAUUUUUCAUAUCAUUUACGCUGUAAAAGCCUGCCCAAUAAUUAGAAUAGUUUACAGUAAAAGCCCGCAAGUAAGAACCUUGGUUUUAAGAAUCUGGUAGGCGAAAAUUUGCCAGUUUGGCCCCCUCUAUGCAAGAACCUGUCUACCCUGAAAUUUGAAACAGGUUCUUAUCCUCUUUAGAGACAUAGAUGCCUUAUCACCCCAACUGCAAUGUUGUGGUAUGCAGAUUUUAUGUAAGGAAUACGACAAAUACCACUAAAUAAUCUUAGAUACAAUAUACUUUUUCAUCAGAAAAUAAGAAACUAUUUAAGAACCUAAAUAGCUUAAAUUUUUGUAAGAACCUCUUUAGGCUAACUUGGGAAAAUGCCGGUUUUUCCUUGCCGGUUUUUACUGUAUGAUUCAUUAAUAGUAUUUCCUAACCUCCAUUUGUAAAAUUAUUACGAAACAUUUGUCCAUUUCUGUCCGAUUUAAAUGCCAAGCAUGUUUCUUCAUAACAAGCAAGUAUUAGUCAAAUGGAAGAUUUGGAAUAUAUAUAUUUUCUAUCUGUGAAUUUACAAUUUAUGUCAAUCGUAAAAUAACACAAAAAUUAUUGGAUGAUGGCAUCAUGCAUAGAGAGCGGUACAGUGACUAGUCGCUGGCGUCACACUUAAUGGUCACCUCCUCACCCACAUCGUAGUAGCGUAGAACAGGGUGGUCCUUCACCAGCCUCUUAAUACUUUCAAUGGCUUUAUCAUACUGUGGCUGCCACAUCAAACUGCAUUAUUGACAGUGAAUCGACAAAGAGGCUCUCUUACAUCUGAGUUAUAGGAAUUUUGCAAGGUAGUUUACAGAAACCAAGAAAAGUGCUGAAAACGUGUAUUCCAUUCGUUUUUGGCAUUUCAAUCACUGCUGUUACUCUCUGAGGAUCUGGGUGGAGUCUGGCCAGUAGCUGUAAGCAGGUGUUCCAUGCUAAGGAUCUUCUUUCGUGCGUAGCUUCAAUUUUUGCUUGUUCAGCUUCAGAUUGCACUUCUAGAAGCUUCUUUCCAGAAUACUAGAAUGGCUUCUGCUUCAGAGUCGCUCCCGCCGUACACAGGAAUGUCAUCAGUAAUCACUUCCACUCCAUGUAGGUCUUCAAGGACUUCAUCCUGCAAUAGUCGGAAUGCCUCUGGUGCUGUGCAUCACGCCAAAAGGCAUAUUAAAAUCCAGCGAUACCUCGCAAAAGGGGUCUAGAAUGUUGUGAGGUAGCUUCUUCUUGUUCAAGUGCAAGGUUAAGAUCCUUAAAGGGCAAUGCACAUCCUCAAUUUUCGUGAUGGUUUUCAUUCAGCCACCAUAUGACUAAUACAAUCAGUGGGUGUAAUGACUUUUUCAAGCACUUGCUUUUGCUCGAGUUAUGCAAUCGUCUGCGUGGUGUUAACAGGUUUAACCCUCUUUUCCACUUUAAUACAGUAUUCACCAGGUAGACAUCUCAUGUCAGAGAAGACAUCGUUGUAGUGUGUGCUAAUGCACUCAAGGUUUAAAGGACCGGACCUGGUGGCACUUGCGCUGCUGUAGGGACUGUUUGUGGUCCUUUUUCCUUUACUUCUUCCUUUUUCCGGUGACUCUGUCACUGCGCUUAACUCUUAGCAAACCAAGUGCUUCCCAAGUUAAGGCUUUUAGGGGCUUUUGAUCCACUUUUCCCACGUGGAACUCAAGAAACCAUCUCUUCCUUGGCGAUAGCAAUACAGCUUUCAGGAUCCCAUGGGAUGCAUGACUGACAUCAUGGUACAGUCGUAGCUUGGAAUCAGAGUUGAGCAGUUUAGGAUCUCCAAAUUUUACAGUACUCAGCAUAUCUAGCUAAUGUGGUUACAUGUGGAGCCACUGUCCAUUUAACCGGAUACACAGCUAGGGUCUUCUCCUUCAAUGCUUUAGUCAAGUGUAGCGAAACACUUUUUUCUUUGAGAUUUCAAUCUUCAUCAGAGUCAUCUAAUGAAGAUUCUUUCAGAUCCAGUUUGAUAACAUUUCCAGACACUUGUUUUUUCUGCAAACCUUAGCAAAGUGAUACAGCUUUCUACAGUUGGAACAAGUACAGUGUAACACCAAAUGCUGGACACUAGCUGUUUCCGUUUUUUGGGGUGUUUUCCACCACAGUAUUUACAGGGACGUGACGUUGUUUCUUUUUUCUCUUCCUUUCUUUUCCUUCUUCUUCUUCUCCUCUUGUUGUGCUUGAUUUAAAUUCUUUUAUUUCACUGCUUGGACACAUCUUUCUAGAGGUCAAUUUUUGUUUUUUUGAAGCAUCCGAGCUUGAACACUUAUCUCAAAUUUUAAGCACCAGUCUAUCUCAAAUCAAGUUGUUCUCGAGAGUGACAAACUUGCAUGUUGAUGCUAGUUGUGGAAGCUUUGUAGUGUACUGUGCAACCAUUUAUCCUUUGCUCUGCUGACAAGUGUUGAAUAUAAAGCGUUCAUAAGUAGCAUUUCUAGUCAGCUCAAAAUGAUCUGGCAAGGCAGUAAAAACGGGACCGAUUUUUGGUUGAUUGCUGUCUGCCAUCUUAAUCUGCUUCAAAACUCGAGAACGCUUCUUUUCCAUAACAGACAACAACAUAGCUACUCGAAUCUCCUGUCUUUUUAUAGCUGGCAGCAACCUUAUAUUUUUCGAAUUGUAAAUGAAAAAAUGUUAGCAGUGCUCAAUAGCUUGUUUCAGAAAGCGUGCCAUUUUUACAACACAACAAAUAUUGUUAUGUUAAUUGAUGAAUACAUUGAGGUCAGGGGCAUGUGGCAUAAUUAUUGUUGUAACACCUGGAAUUGUUCAGGAAUUGACAAAUAUUUUGUAUGAAAAAUUUAAUAAAUUCGAAAUGAUUAAUGAUUUGAUAUUAUUAUAUAGACACGAGUGUUUUACUGGAAAAUAUACCACUCGUAAAAUUUAUAAAAACUACAUCCGUGACCCGAGUGGUUUAUUUUCCAUAAUCUCACACGUGAGUUUAUCGAUGACGUAAUUUCGGUCAUUUCCCUCUAUUAUUUUAUCGAUGUCUUUUUGUCUAUAUAAUAAAAAGAACAUUACACGGCAGCUUGAAGAUAUGAAUUUUAUUUUCGAGUGGCAAAACAAUAUUUUACGAACGAGCGCAGCGAGAGAGUAAAAUAUUGUUUUUGCCACGAGCGCUAUCGCGCUACCGUGUAAUAUUCUCUAUAUAAAUUAAUUAAUGUAAUAUUUGUUUAAUAUCCGUGUAAUAUCCUCUAUAUAAAUUAAUUUUUUUUGCUGACAGAAUAGUCUACUCAGUUCUUGCACCACUUGCCUAUGGUUUCCCAGCAUGUCCUUUAAGCAUCUUUCAAGUCAUUGCAGUAGGUGUAAAAUAAUUUUUGAUCAUGCAUUUUGUAAAUUUUUAUAAUUAGAUCAAAUCACCUCAUGACAAGGGGAUUUCCCAGUGUAUAAUGGAAAACAAGGGACCAUGGCCAGAUUCUUGGGACCUAAGCAUUUCCAGUCCACUAAUAAAGGACCCUUAUGAUGAGAUACGCAUUUCAUACUUUGAAGACGUCAAAAAAUAUUCCCUUUACAGGUAAUAAGAUAAAGGUAUUUUUCAAAUUAAUGUAACCAGAUUUAAAAUUUGCAUAGUCUUGUCUUACGAUGAGUGGGCGAUAAUCAAUGAUCUUUUUCCAAAGGGAUUAUUUUGUUUGAUCCGCCCAUCUGCAUGAGCAUCCAAAAGUCUACAUUUUUGCAGGUUUAUCUGAUUUUCAGUGACCUUGAAAAACACAUAAAGAACGAUGAAUUUCGAGAAUAUCAAAUGUAAACAAAACAUAUUUAUCAAAUGGUUCUAAAUUAUUUGUUUAUAAAAGUUAACCGAAAUAUUUACAAAAACAGCAGAAAGAGCACCUGAAAGCAUGCUUUAUCAAAUCCCUUUGCGCAGCAGUCUGUUAAAACUAUCCACUAGAAACCCUUUGUUGUUCCCUGUUUUGCUCUACACUUCUUAAAGUGUGGAAGUGGAAAAAGUGAGAAAGUAUGGGAUAGUCUGACAAUGUAAGGAUGUUGCACUUUUUUCCACUACAAACCCCUAUUUUGAUUUACACUUGUUGAGGUGUGUAAGUGUGGAACACAAAGUUGGUGUGAUGUGGACGUGUUCUAACACCUUUGUCCAAAAGGAUUACAAACUUGAGUAUGCAAUCCUUUCCAAAAUUAUUGAAUGGUCAGUGGAUAACUUCAGAGAGUAUGACCAUAUCAUGCAACUCUAGGUGCUCUACUUUGACAGCUAUCAGGUGGCAGUGAUAGAUCGCUUAUUAUUACUUAACGAAGGAACGAUAUUAUUAGGAUUCUUAUUUCCAUGCGUGGGUUAGUGUGACAUUAUACACUUAAUGUCAGAUCCCGAGAGAAACAGUUAGUUUUGUUUUCCCGAGAGUCCUAAUGUUUCCCGAGAAGAAGUCGAGGGAAACAUCAGGACUCGAGACACUAGCUGCUGUUUUUCUUCUGGGAACUUCUGAGAUAACUGGAAAAAUCGUUGACCAAGAAUCAACCAAUGGCAGUCCCUGUUUAGUUGAGUGAAAGUCUAGGAAUAUAACAAUUCACAUUGGUUUAUGAGAGAGAGGUGGAGUUACAGUUGCCAUGAAUGUGGUCACUUGAUAACCCAAAAUUGCUCGACCAGUAAAUAUAUACUGGCUUUCAUAUCCAUAAUGCUCCAGGCAAAGCAAGCUCCUUUAAAAAUUAAAUAGAGUAUAGUGGACUGCGACAUGCUUGAGAAUGAUAUGUAAGAGUUUUUAAAUGUUUUUUGGCUCUCUGUUUCUCUUCCUUAAAAUUUAUCUUUGGUUUCAAAUUUCCUUGGAAACAUUAAAUCCCAUCAUGCAAAGAAAAAUAGCAUGUGGCUUACUUAAAGGAGCUGUGUCACGAAAUUUAUCAAAAUUCAAACAGUUGGAACUGCCACCAAACUGAAUGAAACAGUGCUCAACAGAUUACAAGAAGGUAUUAUUAUACUAUUGCCACAGCAAAUACAAAAGGAAGUACGGAUAGAUAAUUGUGGUUUUUGAAAACUUGUUAGUCUAACAGUUUUUCUAAGUUCAUUUUUUUGUAUGUUACCUUUGACAUAUUGCUUGGUCUAUUAGAUUUUUUGUUUAGCAGUAAGCCGCGCUUUUAUAAGUCACAAGUUAUUUCUCGAGUUCAAUAAAUUGGUCGGAGCCUCUUAGCCAUUUGUGCCAUUCGAGCAGAAAGUUCUCGUCCCUCUUGGAAUGCAUUUUAUUCUUUCUUGAAUACAGUUAUUUUUAGUAUAGCUUAACACAAUUAUUUAUCUACCACAGCAUGUUAUUCUAAAUCUUACCAUUCAAAGCAAAAUAACAAUUAUACUGACGCAAUGAUUGUUUUUCUCAUUCAGAGAGGAGAAUAGCAAAACCAAAUUGAAGUAUACAUUCACUCCCAUGCAUGGUGUUGGACAGAGAUUUGCUGAAUUGGCAUUUGAAGCUUUCAACUUACCUCCAUUUGUGUCUGUCAGAGAGCAGGUGACUUCAGUAGCAUCCUCAUUACUUCAUACCGCUCAUCUGAACUGGCAUUUUGAUUGGUCAUUACUGCGUGUGAUAUGAUAGAAUACAGAUACAGAGCUGGGCUGGGUUGUUCAAAGCUGUGUUAAGAUAACCCAGGGCUAGGGCAAAAUUUGAAUUCAGAUAUGAAAGCUUAAAAAGCAAAUCCAGUUUAACCCCAAGUGUAUGACUUGGUAAUUGGAUGCUCUCUAAUAGAGAGAAAAAAGAAAAAAAAGAAAAAAGCUUUUGAACAAAGAAAAAGAAAUCGUUAUUGAAAAUUUAACCGUGGGUUAGUGCCAAUUAGCCAAUUAACUGGGCUCUGACGAAUGACUUCUUAUGCAAUAUGGUAGACAGUUGUUGUAUUUGAAAUUGGAAACAAGGAAAAGCUUGAGAGAAGCUCUUCACUAGUAAGAGAAAAAUUCAUAGGAAAUUUAUAAUUUCUAAGUGUUGACAAACCGCUGAACUUAGAAAAAUCUUUAAACUAUCAUGAAUUUUUAUUUCGAGGUAUUUCACAUAACUAGUAGUAAGAGUAAACAUUAGUUUGUGGUAAUUGAAACAAUUUUAUGGAUAGUGUGCUUAUCAUACCAUUAGCGAUGGACAACAGCAAACCAUGUUUUAUUUUACUUGUUACUCUUUCGUCACGAAUUUUUUCAUGCCUGAGUCUUUUUAACUCUACUGUUUGUAGAUGGUUCCAGACCCUGAGUUUCCAACUGUAAAAUACCCCAAUCCGGAGGAAGGAAAAAGUGCCCUGGUGAGUAGAGAUAAAUUUGUGAUGUUGAACUUUAUAAUAAUGUUGUAAGUUAGUAGAAAAUACUUUGAAAAAAUUAAACACAGCUGUGUGAAUUAUUUUUAUUUUGACUAGCCAGACAGUUUGUCUUGUUGUUACACAUGUGUACAUACCGAGAGAUGUUUACUGAAAAGCCACACCGUAGAUUUUUUUAUGCUAAUGCAUGGUAAUCGAGCCUAAUAAAAUUUGUCGUAUCAGUCCUGGUAAGGCCAUUUUAUGUAAAUUUGUGUAUGCAGGGAGAUGUGCGGGAGAGAUUCAUAAGCAUAUAGCAACCCUAUUUGUGUGAGAAAUUUAGAUGCUGGCCUCUGAUUUUUUUUUUGUGCGCAAUCACAGACAAACAUUCGAAUGAGCCGUGGAACUGGUUUGUUUAGAGUAGCAUCCCAGGGGCUCUGUCGCCCGUUCUUGAAAACAUUCGCCGUCAAUAUUCCUGAUCCAACUGACCGCCCCUGGGUCUCCAAGGAUGGAGAAAUUUAUGCGUGCAGGAAUAUGUUUCGGUGAGAUUCAUUAGCAUAAUUACCCUUUCGCUGAUGUCAUCACGUGAAGAUGAUGGAGCGACCACUUUGUGUGGAGAAAGGUGAGAAGCCUCUGAGCUCGCACACUCAAGCUAAAAGCAACGCUGAGUAAUCAACGAGCCACUGAGAGCAAUACAGAGUAAAGAGCACCUUUGCACUUCUCACAGAAACUCUAAGUAGCGACUCCUGAUUAAUCAAUUAGCAACUAAUAGCAAAGCUGAGUAAUUAAUGAGCCUCUCAGAGCAACACAAUUUAGAACGAUUACCUUUGCGCAUUUCAGACCAACUCUAAGUAAUCAAUGAGCAGCUAAUAGCAACGUAGAAUAAGGUGUUUGGUACGUUUUAUAAGAACAUGUUGCAAUGAGCAUGCGUACUUUCCAAUCUGAACAAGAUUUGUGUUUUUGAGGUGGGGGAAGGAGAAUGUGGAAAAUCGUGCGUAUCUCUGGAAAAUCCUGGCUACGCCCCUGUAAAAGGUUACCAGACACGUCACUUGUCAUUCUCUUUCAUUACCAUUGUUUCUAGCUUUUAUGGGCAUUGUCAUUUGGUACCAGCAUCUUUACAAACAUCUUAAUCUAGUAUGAUCAUAACGUAUUUCAGUGAACAUCGAGAGUCUUUGUGUAGGUGGUACCAGUGUAGCCCUGAUGCCAUCAGUAAAAAAUCUCGGAUCCUGGUUAGAUGGAAACUUGACUAUGGUAACACAUAAAGAAGUCUUUUAAAGCCAUGUCUUUCCAUCUGUGUACAACAUAAGGAAUAUUAGAAAGUACCUUACCAGUGAGGCCACUUAGUCCCUUGCAGAGACCACUUGCAACAGCGGGCUCUUAAAAUACAACUGCUACAUCUAUUGCUAAGAUAAGUACAUACAGAAUUGUGCGGCCUGGUUCGUCUUUUAAACGUCUGCACUGGCUUGCAGUUUCCAGGAUUUAAUACAAAAUAUUGAUCCUAACUUUUAACAAAGGCAAUUUAUGCUGUCGCACCAUCUUAAAAUUAUUUAUAACUUUAUCAAGAUUACCUGUGAUCGUGCAAGGAACUGUUGAUAAAGGUACCAGGCGUAAAGACCAAGAAAACUCUCAGAGAUAAAUCUUCCCAAGUAGCAGCCCCUAGAUCGUGGAAUAAAUUUCCCUCGGAAAUUAAAGCAGUUAGAAGUUAUGAUCUUUUCAAAGGAGUAAUUUAGACGAACUUGUUCAAGAAAGCAUUUGCAUGUUACAGUUAGAUCCUCGGUUAGCAUGACCACUAGCGAAUUGUAGUUUCAGAUGUUAGCCUACAACAGUAAUUGUUAUUCUGUUCUUUCUCGGAUUGCUUUGUUUGUUUGGUUUGUGUAAUUUUUUGUUAUUUACAACUUGUACUCAGGACCUUGCCAUGAAUGCUGCUAACGAGAGUAACUGUACUGUUAUUCUGGCCAACGAUCCUGACUCUGACAGAAUGGCCCUUGCAGAGAAACAACCAAGGUGAGAGGAAAAUUUAACACCUCUACUCUAAGCUUAUUAACAUGCGUCGAGCAAGGCUUCUGUAUCACAUUUAUAUGAAGAAUGACUCAUUUUUGUAUAAGAACACACGGUAUCUAGUAUCUAGAGUGUAGGUCCCAGUUGUUCAAAGGCCGGAUAGUUCUAUCCACCGGCUCAAACACUUUCCUGUAGGUAAGUAGGAGAGAAACUAAUUAUGGUAUCCAGUGAAAAGAGAUUUAUACGCCACCUUUUAGACAACCAGGGACAAUGCCCUUAAGAGCUCCCCAUGCAGUGAACUGUACGAGCCAUAACUUUUUUUGCCAACUGCUUUCAACCGCCUAAUCUGCAGUCGUCAAUGGUAAAGAGAUUUAGAAAUGAGAGAAACUCUUAAAUAAGAGUUGCUUAAAAAGUUAUUUGCGGAUCCAUUAAGUUUCUAAGGAUUUGCAAUUUUUUUAGAUUUGAUACUCUUUAAUAAUGAUUUGUACAAAAAAUGCGAUUUGAAGUAGGUUUUAUGGAUUUGCAAAAUAUUUUCGGAUUGUUCAGUUUCAGUUUAUUGUUUUGCCAUAAGUUGUACAAAAGCAAGGAAAUCUAAUUGUUUAGACUCUCAUGGCGAGGAAGCCCAAGAGAAGCCACCGGGCUUAUAAGGAAUGGGCUCCCUCAGUUAAAUAAUACGAACAAAAUAUUACCAUAACUACACAUGGAAAAAAUCAAUGGCAGAGCUACAGUAAAUCUUAAAAUAUAUUAGAUAGUCGUACUAAUCAUAGGCUAAAAAAGCGAAAUUACAAAAAACAAAAACAAAAAAGGAAUAUUUAUGAUAAGAGGAAUGCUUUCAACUUACAGCAAAAGGAAGCGGUACUUGUUGCAUUUCGAAUUUCAAAAGUAAGAGAGUUAAAACGAAAAGGCGAAGAAAGUGGAAACAUUAUUUGUGGAUCCACUAAUUUUCUUAGGAUUUAGAUUUGUCAAACUUUUCGACAGUGAUUUGAGAAAAAAUAUUGAGAUUUGAAAUACUUUGGGUGGGCUGCAAAAUAUUUUUGGAUUGUCCCUUACUGAUCAAGGGGUCGUUGAAAUCAUUUUCAUGGUUAUCAGACCAAACAUGGACAAAAAAUGAUGGAUAGCCUUAUCCACGGGAAAAAUGCGUCACAUUCCAGUAUAUUAAUAUUAAGAAAACCAAUUGUGUUAUUCAGUGAAGAGUGAUUUAUUUUACUCGGUGGAUAGUUUUAUCCACCUUUUAAACAAAUGUGGCCAGAGUCUUAAAAAACUCAACCACAAACUGGACAAACCGUAUCAACUUUUCAGCUUUUUCAUAAGUGCGAUAGUUUUUUUCUCUUAGCACAUAACAGUAGGAGGAGAAAAUCGUCAGCAAUACCUCUCGGAAAAAACGCUUUAAAAGGAAAGUGAAAAACUAAGUCAAAAGUUCGGUUUAUUAUGUUACUAAGUAGGAAAAAAACGGAACAAAAUGUCAGUCCUGAACUAUUAAUAGCUAAUAGUAACGUUAGUGUGGUAUAAAACACUAGUCUCUGUGCCAAAAGGAACAGUAUAGUACACCUUGCUCCAAAAUGGUAACAAAUUUAGUAAGAGGGCUAAUUAGCAUAAGUAUAAAAGAAAAGUACAAUAAUUCCAUUACAGUGGAAGCUCUCGUAAGUGGACACCCUCGAGACACGAAAAAGGUGUCCGUAACUGGAGAUGGUCGCUUACAGGAAUGUAAAAGUAAUGACAGAGUUUGUAGGGGCGUUGAGAAAUACGAGCUGUCCGCGUACGAGAGUUUCCAUUAGGAGAGCUUCCACUGUAUUUGGGAAUAAAGUAUAUUGAAGUAAGGGAAACGAAUUAAGUAUUUUAAGGUACUAGUUUCAUGUGAGUCCUCAUAGCAACAUGUACUAAUAAAAUCCUCUCUUUUUCAAAUAAACGUGUUGUUGCUGUAUGUCUUAAGUGGACACUGGAAGGUAUUCACUGGAAAUGAGACUGGUUCUUUGUUUGGCUGGUGGGCCUUUACAUGCCACAAGAAACAACACCCGGAGUUAUAUCCAGGUACUGUCGGUCUUAUAUUUUUGUAUUAAAGGGACUGAACACAAAUUUAUUAAUAUAGCUGAGUAAAUCCACCAGCGGGCGAGAUGAAGCGGUUUUCCCGCACUGGAAAUCAGGUGACAGAGGAAGUAAGAAUCGCUAAAUGUAAUAACUACAGAAAUCAUUUUGACGAGGUCAAGGACACCAAGUCCUAUUGGAAACUGGAUUGAGAAUGCCACUGGAGCAAGUACUAUCCGACAGAUUAAUGGCAUUUGCGAAGAGGACAAGAUUCUCCCAUUUUGGAAUAGUUGACAUUCUAAACAUUCAAGCACUUCUCCACAAUUGGCGAAAUAGAAUUGUUAACAUUUGACCAUGAGAGAUGCUCUACUUAUGCUCUUAUAAUUACAGUGCUGCUUGUGUUUUCGCGUUCAAGACUGUUGAAGCUUGUUGCUUCCAAGACUGUUGAAGCUUGUCAAUAAAUUCAUGUUCCUGCCUUUUGAAAAAAAAUAACGAGAAAAACAAAUGCUAAACUGCAAAACAGUCGGUUUUGCAAGGUGCAAAGCGCCGGCGUGAUAUUUUAGCACAAAGCGCAUAUGGGCCUCACACAACCCAUGGGCGUGAGUGGCGUAUUUUUCCCGUCUGUCUCCAGCCUCACUCUCCGUUCUCACCCUCCCUCCAGACCCUUCCAUCCCUUUCACCGCUCGCUCGCGCGCGCGUUGUUAACCUAGGCAAAAAUACGAAUUGUUUUGCAGUGUAAACAAAUGCAAGGACCGCACUAUUUCAUUUUGUAAAAUAUUGGAGACAACUGUGUCUUCCUCAUUUUUAUUGCAUAUUUCCAUAAAAAUCUGGGUAACCGGCACUGAUGGGCAUUCAAAAAAGUCCUCGUUACGGACCUAGGGUUGCAUUAGUUGUGUGCUACUUCAAAACGUAUCAUUAGGAUUAUUUAGGUAACUCUAUUCAAGUUACUGCUGUCAAUGCAUGGCUGUCUUUCCAGCUCAUUAGCUCAUUAGUUUACAUUAUUUUGGCGUUGCACAAGGAUCUGUGCUCGUGCCCACCUUUGUUUCACUGUUGCAAUGAAUUGCUGGACGUUAUUAGUGUCUGAUGGUGAAUUUCGUAUGUAUACUCACGACACUAGGGACCUUAAGCAUCGACGACGAAAUUGACGACGACGACGCUUCGCAACCGAGGCAGACUGGGCCAAGGGUUUAGUUUUCUGCGGGGAAAACGAAGUUUAAGCAGUGCAGUUUCCCAGACAGACGACGACUUUUUCUUUGCGAAGAACUUUGUCUUGCUACAGUCUUGUUAUGGCAUUCAAAGACCGUAAUUUGCAUCUUAUAAGCUUGAUGAUGAUGGUUUAAUCGGCGAUGGCGAAUUUAUCGUUCUUUACGACCUGAAUUAUUCGAUUAUGGAGGCUUUCUCUUCGUCGCACAGCUUUUGUUUUUGUUUUGAAGUUAGUAGUGUAUCCGAUCUCGAACAGCUCUUGACUUGCAGUUACGCUAAAUUUCGGCUGCUGAAGAGAAUUCAGUGGUGCUGCAAUGUUCUUCCAUAUUUAUCCUCUCUUAGGGCUCCUCAUAGCCACAUCAUGUUCCAGAGUCCACUGGAACAUAGUUGCCUUUACUACCGGCUAAAAAAAACAUAGGAAAUUAUUAAAUUUAUUAAUUUUAGUACGAAAAAAUGAACAUUUAUCCUCUAGUACAACCUAGAAUGCACGAGUAAACAUACACCGUAAGGGAACGAACAGCAUCGAAACAAAAAGGUUCCGAAGAUAGCAGAGGAAAGCUUGUCUUUUCGACUGGUUGAUCCGCCCUCACUCAUGUUUUCAAACAAACCGAACCUGUAAAAUAAAUUCAAGUCAGCGGGCGAAGAAAUCGACAAAGUGCUUAACAUUUGGAUUCUGCUAAUCCACAAAGAAUAUAUUUCUACUUGUACUGAAUGACAAGGGGGAAAAAGAGUGAUUUACACGCAAAAAGUAUAGUUUUAUACUUACGUUUUAGCGACGACGGCAAACCUCCCUGAAUUUCGUCGUCGACGAAGGCUGGACGACGUUUUGACAACCUUACGCAUGCCAAGAAGGUUCGCGCAGGAAAAUUUCUCUUCCGGUCGGCGUCGUCGUCCCAUUUCGUCGUCGAUGCUUAAGGUCCCUACUACCAUAUACGUAGCUGGCCCUAAUCCUGACAUGGUAGCUACUUCUCUUAAUUUCUUUUUUGAGAAAACGUACUGACUGCUGUCGAAACAAUUUCUUAACACCAUAUCAAGGCAAGGCGGAGUUUAUGCCGUUAGAACGCGGUACAUUCAUUGGUCCCUUACAGGGACUAAAGUGGGCACCACUAUUAUUGAAAUUGAAAGUGAUAUCAAAAGGUUCAAACAAGUUUCACAGUUGAUCCAGUCUCACGAAAGCUUAAAUUUUCAAGUCUCUACCUGUUAACGCUCGGUUAGACUUUUAUCACAACUAGAUGCCGAAAUGCUUUUACUAGGCUGCCAUAAAACCUAAACUGGACAGAAAUAUUGUAUUGUAAGAAAGCGAGGCGUUUACUAGAACAGACAGCCAACAGCUUAAAACAGGAAGAAAUCCCACUAAACCCAUCACGAUCCAUAGACCCCAUUCAAUAUAUUAUUUAGCCUGUGUACAGAGCUUUCAGUUGACUUGCUCGUUUAUCAAGAGCUUCGCAUUGUUACAAUACUUCAUUUCCAGUACUGUUAUUUUUUUGUUCAACAGGCUCAUCUGUCUAUAUGAUUGCAAGUACAGUAUCUUCAAAAAUGCUUCAAGCUAUGGCCAGGGAGGAAGGAUUUGUGUUUGAGGUAAAAGGGUCAGAUUAAAAAAAAUAAUAUAACAUAGGCAUCAUUGUUUUUUACUUAUGAUGGACUUUUAGUGUAAUCAAAUGCCACUUGGUCAGUCAUCCACCCCAAGUGCAGUAAAUUUCGUCUUUACCGCUUGGAUAUAUAGGUGCUUUCAACAUCACUAAUGAUAUUAUCGUUCAUGGUUAGUACUAGGAGCAGCAUGCUAAAUGCGUCAGUCAUCUCAAAGCGAACACUUUCAAGAAAGUUUGUUUGAAGUACUGAAGAUGGAUUUCUCAAAUACAGCAUAUCUACAGCUUUUGUUUGCCCAUUGCAGUCAAACAGAAAAGCCAUUCUGUAUGUCCUAAAUGUAAACGAAGCUUCUUCCUUCCUAGCUACAACAAAUUAAAUUUCCAUUGAAAAUGAUUGCCAUUUGGGGUCGACAGAACUUAAGUUGUCAGCCUUGGUCUCUCCUGUUUUGGUACAUUUCAACCCUUAACCCUUAUGCACCCACUUACUGAUGUUGUUCUCAGUGCAGUUUUUUCUCAAUUGAUCAAUAGCCUAGGGUACUCUGUUGCGUAUAAGGUACCGUGUGAACUAAAUUGAAGUAUUCUGUGUGGAAAUGUGAUGUUAUGUGCUAUCUCAGACAGGCAGAAUGUGUCAGUACAAUUUUUCUGUUUGAUAUAUUCCUUGAAGCUCCAGGUCUAUUGCGGACAUGCUUAGUGUAGAUGCUGCUGCGUCAGUUACCACAGAAUUGCGCUUGCCUAGUUCUGAUUAACCACACACUUAAGGCUGGGCCCAGAAGGCCUCAAAGUAAUUCGAAACUUAUGUGGUUGAUCAAUCAGAAGGCGGUCAAUCGUCUAUUAGUUCUGUAUCGCUUGUGGUACAUGCACCGUGAUUCCCAAGUCUUUGCAAUCCGAAGUACUUCAUAAUGUCUCACGGUGUUCAUCCUUAGAAAUGGCGUUAUCUAGGAAGGAUUUCGACAUUGUUAGAUAUUUCUCUGUUUAUGUGUUGAAUGUGGGGGAGCCCAUUUUAUAUUCUUGUCAAUGUAGAUGCCCAGGUAUUUGAAGUAGUUCUUUUCUUCAAUUCUGUGUUUAUGAAGCUUAAGCUUAUUUGCUUUUUUGCGAAGGAAAUUGUCAUACAUUGGGUUUUCUUGAAGUUUUGCGGAAAGUUUGUCAACUGGGCAGUAGUUGAGAUGUUUGAAUUCUUCAUAUCAGUUUUUUCAAGGUCCGUAAAGUACUGGAAGAAUGAAAUAAAGUGGUGUCGUCAGAAAAUGUUCUGAUAUCAGCCUUUUCUAAGCAACUGAUUAAGAGUGGCGUACGGUCGUACUUUCUUCACUCCGCGUUAAUUGCUUUAAUUUCAGAGUGAGUUUUGUUUUUCCACUCAAUUUUUGUUAUCGCUAUUUGACUAUGCCUGAAACUCGUACCACGAAGGCUGCUAGCACUCAAGGAGCUGAUUCCGCGGCAUCUGAACUUGUCACAAUGGCGACGCUGAGGGAGUUGUUGAAAGUGCAAGAAAGAAUGUUUAGGAAUUUAUUCGACUCACUGUUGGCCAACGUAAACGCACGGCUAGAUUCCGUCAUCGGCCAAGUCGCAGAAAUCAAAGCUAGACUACAUAUUUCCGAGAAAGACACCAGCGAGUAGAAGGCGAGCCUUGAGUUCUCCCAGAAAGAUAUCAAGGACUUGAAACCACGCUCAACCCGAGUGCAUGAGGUCGAAGAAGAGAUUAAAAAGAUGUGCGGUUCCCUCGAUUACCACACUGAGAAGAUCGAAUAUCUGGAGAACCAAAGUAGGAGUAAUAUUUGAAUAGACGGCAUUCGAGAGGAAGAAGAGGAAACCUGGGACAACACCAAACCAAAGUAAAGGAGAUACUCAAAGAGAAGCUUAACCUCGAUGAAGAACCGGAUAUCGAGCGUGGAAGCAAAAAGAAAAGAUCAUCAGAAGUGCCAGGAGAAUCAGGCCCCUUGGAAUUUUUGUCAAUGAAGACCUGGCACAAGAAAACCUUGACAAGAGGGAAGAGCAGCAUUCUAAGUUUGAAGAAGCGAGAAGAAACGGGAAAAUAGCCUAUUUCAUUUUAGACAGGCUGGUUGUUAAAGACAGAAUUUACCGUCCCAGUGAAGUAGCUGUGUAGUUUUGUGCUUUAGCUUUUCUAUAAUAUUUAUAGUACGUAUUUGUAUACUUAUUGUUUAUAAGCCAUGGCUUCGAUUCCUGAUCACACUUUACCUUUUAAUUCUUUAGACGAUUAUAGUUUUAACGCUGCAAUUUACGCACGUUAACAUGGCCGGUCCGUUAUGAUCCUGAAAGACUUUCCAGCUUAAAUUAUGAUCCUUUAGUUUCAAGUCACAGUCUUUCCCUAACUCGUUCUGACUAUAUAUAUCCUGAUGUUAAUUUCGGCACAGAGGACGUCCACUGUGAGUACUACAUUGAAGACAAAUUUAACGAAAUGUUGAGAAAUGAUAAUUUAUGUGAUGAAGAUUUUUCGCUCCUGCACCUAAAUAUUUGUAGUCUUCAACUUAAUCUAAACAGCCUUUCUAUUCUUUUGAAAUGCUUGAAUUUUAAGUUCUUUUUAAUUGGCGUUUCUGAGACUUAGCUAAACGAUUAUUCCCAUUCAGUAGACAUAGAUGGUUUCAAUUUUAUCCACAAACAUCGCCCAAAUAGAACUUUUGGUGGUGUUGGAUUAUAUAUCUCAGACAAUCUCGAUUUAAAAAUUCGUGCUGACUUGAGUUUUGACGAUAUUGAUAUUGCAGAAUCUUUGUUUAUUGAAAUAUCUAGACCCCAUGGGAAAAAUAUUAUCGGUGGUGUUAUUUACAGGCCACCUAAUCAGAGAGUUGGUGACUUUCUGUCAAAACACAAUGAUCUUUUAGAGAAAAUCCCUAGAGAGAACAAAAUAUGUCUAUUAUGAAUUUAAUUAACUUUCAACAUCACAAAGACACUGGCGAAUUCCUUGAUGGCUUGCACUCGAAUAUGUUUUUUCCCAUGAUAACACGCCCCACCCGAAUAACUUCUUACACCGCAACGUUGCUAGAGAACAUUUUCGCAAACAAUUUUUUUGAUCACUCGAGAAGUGGUUUACUGAUUACUGUUAUCUCUGACCACUUACAUUCACGCUCGUGACCCAGUGGUCGUUUGAGACAAUAAUAAAGAAAACUUAGCGAGUUUUCUCGAAACGCUAAAAGAAAUUAUCAUGACCCCCAAAACGCGUACAGUAGCUUUGUAAAGAAGUAUUCUGAGAAUUAUAAUGUGUGUUUUCUUUAAAAAAAGUAAGUAGAAAGCAGUCCCGUUUAAAUAAGCCGUGGUUAUCCAAUGUGCUUAUCAAGUGUAUUACGAAGAAAAACAGUCUUUAUAAAAAAUAUCUGCGAAAUCCAACAAUGGAUCGUCAAUCAAUUUACAAAAGUUAUAAAAACAAAUUAAAUCAUUCUCUGCGGAUAGCAAAACGUCUAUACAACGAGAAGAAAUGGAAUAACGUUCAAUCGAAUACUCGUGCUGCUUGGAAAGUUUUAAAUGAAAUUCUAAACAGAAGCAAAAGAAAUUCCAACAGAUGCUCAACAUUUAAAGCUGAUGAUCGUGAAAUUAGUGAUCCUGUCGAAAUUGCCAACAAGUUUUGCAGUUAUUUUUCAAGUAUCGGUCUUAAUUUAACAAGGGGUAUACAGUCGUCAGCUUCACUCCGUAGUAUUCUUAAUGGUUCCUUUACACAGUCAAUAUUCUUUAACCCUAUCACCGAAGAUGAGAUCGCUAAAAUUGCGAAAACGCUUCUUCCAGGAACACCUUUUGACCGAGGUGAAUUUUCCGUAGGUAUUCUUCUUGACCUCUCAAAAGCCUUCGACACUGUAAAUCAUGUCAUCCUUUUUGAUAAACUCGAACAUUGCGGUAUUCGUGGCUUAGCGCUGGACUGGAUAAGAAGUUACUUUUCAAACAGAAAGCAAUAUGUUGAAUAUAAUGGCCACCGUUCGUUAAGAAAUGAAAUCUCUUGUGGGGUCCCUCAGGGUUCUAUCGUCGGACCUCUAUUUUUCUUACUGUACAUUAACGACAUCAACAAUGCUUCUAAUCUAUUAAAUCUGACAUUGUUCGCUGACGAUACCAAUGUAUUCAUGUCACAUAAAGAUCAGAACUAUCUUUCAGAUGUGUUAAACUCGGAGAGGGACAAACUGUAAAUCUGGUUUAAAGCGAAAAAGCUUUCUCUAAAUCUUAAAAAGACUAAAUUUAUGGUCUUUAAACCAAGACAAAAGCGUUCAAUUUGUCAUAUUCAAAUUAACAUAGACAAUGAAAAUAUUGUUAACGUAAAGGAGACAAAUGUUCUCGGAGUAAUUUUGGAUGAAAACCUAAAUUGGAAGUCGGAAAUAUCACACGUUGCAAAUAAAGUUGCGAAGUCAAUCAGUAUAAUAUCUAGAUGCAGCUUCUUUCUUCCUAAAUCGUCUCUACGUAUGCUCUACUAUUCCUUAAUUUAUCCUUAUUUUUGCUACUGUAAUAUAGUUUGGGCUUAGACCUAUAAAAGUCACAAAACCUAUCUCCAUCGCCUUGUUAUCCUGCAAAAGCGCAUUAUCAGAAUUACUAAUAAAUCACAUUUCAAUGCUCAUACAGACCCCAUCUUUAAGGACCUCGGUAUGCUAAUGAUAUUCAUUUGCUUCAACUGAACAAUUUAUGCAUUCUUGCAAAAAUUCAUUCUUACCUCCAAGGUUUAAUGACAAUUUCUUCCAAAGCAAUCAAUUCCACUCUCAGAACACAAGACUUUCGCCAGCCUACCGUCUACCGUAUUGUCGUACAAACACUAAGAAUUUCUCGCCCUUUUUCAAGGGCACAUGUUUUUUAAUUCACUCGAUAACGAGGGCAUCAACUCUCAAUCCCUUUCCUCUUUUAAGAAAAAGCUGAAGAUUAAGUUAUUGAGUAAAUAUGAAAACAGUUCAUAAAUCUUCCCAUCUUCGACUUUUCGCUAUCUAUUCUUUAACUGAUGUUAAAGAGCUCUGACCCGUAGUUCGAGGGGGCCUAACCUCUCAUAAGCUGCUAUAGUUUCUGUUAGGUCUCCUCGCCACUUCUUUUUUUCUCUCUUUUCCUUUAUUUUUUGUAAUUAGUGUGUGGCAAAUAAAAUAAAAUAACUGAGCAUGUCAUUUAUACACAUAAACAUUAAUGGUGGGCCAAGAGUAGAAACUUGAAGUACAUUAUAUUGGUCGCCUGUGAACAGGCUCUCUGUUUGGGGAAAGGGUGAAAAAAUCACAAGGAGAGGGAAGGGAAAGGGGGAGAGCUUGUAGGCAAACCUUUGAGGCCGCCAUUCCACCCUCUUGUGGAUCAUGUGUCAGCAAGAUCGUUAUCUGUCACUUGGUUACAUUAGAAUGUAAUCAAUACGGAGCUUAAGCAAUGACGACGACGGCGGCAUCAAGAACGGAUCAAAAGCUAUAGGUUAAAAUUAGCAAAACAAACUUUUCCACGUGCAUCACGCUUUUUUGUACAUUUAUUUGCCGUUGUUGCACGACCACGACGUCAAACUGCCUAAUUUCACGUUUUCUGGAGGACGUGAACACAAGACAACGAUUUCCUAAUUCUUUUUUAAACUUAGAUACAGUCUUUUAGAAUUUAAUUCCAGAAAAAUUCGCCAGAAUUUGCCAAAUUGCACGCCAUGGAAUAAGAGCGAUGAAUUUUGAGACAGCGUGAAUUCACUUUCGCCAUCGUCGUCGUCGUCAUUACUUAAACUGCCUAUUUUCGCGCGUGAGUGAAACAAGAGUGUAAAAAAGGGGUCGGUAGGCAACACCCGAAUUUUACCUCGUGAUAAAAUGCUGCUUGUUCCAAUGAAUUUUUUCCCUGGCGGGUAGCUUAUGCUCUGGAGGGUUCUACGUUUUGACUGAGGUAAUGUGAUUGUUGCCGCUUGUUUCAUGCUGAGAAGUCGUGACAGGCAUAUCGAUUUUUGGCGGUUACAUUGCGGUGACGAUCUGUCAACGCAAAGAUUUUUGAAGUGCGACUUUCACUUAAAAAAGAUUCCCAAAACCUGGAGAACCGGCCAAAUAUCAAACGAGCCGUCGUGCUUGGGUGGGGCUUACCAAUUUUCCAAAUUAGAUUUAACAAAAGAAGCCGCUUUCGGAGACGUGACGACUUGUUAUUCAAAAUGAUAUUGAAGCUCGCUAUCGGCAGGAAUAAAUUAUUCGUGACGCGUAAACCACAAAAAAGCGUAGAUCAUAUAGGGCAUUUACCAUGUCUUGCAUUGCCUCGAUCACAGUUGAUUUUUUGCACAAUAAACACUGGUGCAAUGGUUGUUGAAUACGAAUUCCUGUGGGCCAAACGAUACAGUCCCAAAGCCAGAACUUUCUGCGGUGGGAAACAAUCUCUGAAAUACGAAUUUCCCCUUUCCAGUCUCGGGCCGUAAAAGUACUGUAUCAAAGGCGUCCUUGUUCACCCCUAAUUGCUGCUGAAAGUAUUCUUGUGGAAUUCGUGGAUCAUUGCAGUGCACAUCGAACCAUGAAUUUGCUGGUCGCGUAAUAGGUCACGCGUAUGGAGCGACACGCGUUCUACGCAAACGUCUUCUUCUCCUUAUACAGGCAACGUUCAGAACUAUCAUGUAUUCGUUAACACAUCUCUGAUAGAGCAGAAAAAAGGCAAACAUUUGCUGCUGCUGGAUGCUAAUGAUCAGGAACCGCGAAACGGCAAUUGGGUCUCGAGUGGGUCCAUGUUUAAAGUUGCACAGUUCGCGGGAAAUCUGAAAUCGAUUGAUCAGAUCGAUGGUGGUCUUUUAUAAUGCGACCCAACCGUAUUCAUUUAAUGUUUUUACAUUUCCGUUUGCGGUCUGAAACGUUUGCAAUUUUUGGGCCGUUCAAAUUUUGGUUUUCACUGAAGUGCGACCCGGGACUUAUUGUUCCUGGUAGGCAUUGUGGGAGAGCAUUUUCUUUGACCUCUUUUGAAACUUAAAGUUUUUCAUUGUAACUAAAUAAGGGUCUUAGGUUGUUUAAUUUUCUUCAAAGUGCCCCCUGGAUCUGAAUAACUAAAAGUGAUUUUCUUUUGUCCGUGAAUGUGGUAGUUUCCUGCUGGGCCCAGCUCGUUAGUGUUGUUUGCAGGAUGUGGAAUUCUCAUGGAUAAAGAUUUGCAGAUCCAAAUUUUGAAGAAUAGAUUGCAGCUUUAACAGAAGUUACAUGAAAUAUGGAGAAUUGCGUUGUGACUUAUUCAAGAUUGCUCUUUAAACAAUGAUUUUCAAACUCCGACUUGCCUUUUUAAAGUUAAUGUAAGUCUGGACUGGCGUGCGUAGUUCCUCCCGUGUUAAUAACUUUUUCGUAAGCUUAACAGUCUUGCGACUGUUCUGUUAUUGCCACUUUGUGAUCAGGCAAGACCAUUGUUUCGGUUCUCCACGCGAACUUCAUGACGAUUGGAAUAUGAGGGAAAUCCUUUACUGAAUCGCCCAACGCUUUUUCGAAAACUUCAUAAGUCAAUCCGCCCGAAGACACCAUGUUAAAGAUUAGAAGACCUGUUUACGAGCGAUUAAUUUAAAUCGCGUGCUACGUGCCGACCAAAAAGGCGAUGUCAAUCAAACCUGUCAACAGUUAGUGUUCUCGCCAAUAAGAGCUUGCAUCAGCUUGCAUCAGCGGGUGCCGCGGAACGGCGUUCUCAAAGGUUUGUCUACAGGCUCUUCCCCUUUUCCUCUCCUCUCGCGAUUUUUUCACCCUUUCCUCAAAUAGAGAGCCUGCUCACAGGCUACCACAUUGGACGUUGAGUGGGUUUGAUUUAACAUUUUCAACUUCCACAUAAUGUGUUCUGUUUUCAAGAUAGCUUUUUGAACCAUAGGAGAGGAACAGAGCGAAUUCCAUGUCUGUUUAAUAUCUGUAGUAGUAUCUGAAGUUUGACAGUAUCAAAGGCUUCCGAUAGGUCGAGAAAGAUACUGCAUACAGUUUCAUUACGGUCAAUUUUUAUUUUAAGAUUGUCUGUGACUGAAAAAAUUGCUUGCUGGGUAGAAUAAUUUAUUUUUCUGAAGCCAAAUUGCUGCUUAAAUAGAAUGUUUUCCUUUACAAGGAAAUUAUGUAGCUGAUUGUAAACCAGUCUUUGAAGGAUUUUAGCAAAUAAAACACAGCAACAAGAGGGUAAUUACCAGGGUCUGUCACUGCAGCAGUCUUAUAAGAUAGGGUAACCUUGGAUCGAGAUUUGAAAACAUCAGGGACAAUACCUGAUUCAACUGAUGCAUUAAACAAGUUUAUGAGGGGAAUGGAAAGUGGAUUGCUGGCAAUCGAAAUUAUUAAAAUAGUCUGGGAUAUCCGUGUUAGCUUUGUGCCUAUCAAGGUCAGAAAGUGCUUAUUCAACUUGCACGGAAUUCAACCGGAAGAAAAAAAAAACAGAACUUUACUGGGAGGAAAGUGUCAGGUUUUACUCUUGAGCAAGAGAUCAUAAUCCUAUUAUGAUCUCUUGUCUUGAGUGAAUUGUGAAUUUAUGAAAACGAACAUGAUGUUCGCAGUAGAAUGAAUAACCUAAGCGGUUGAAAAAGAACCUGAAAAAAUUCAGGCUUGACCGGGAAUCGAACCCUGACCUUUGUGAUGACUGGCCGUAACGCUCUAUCAAUUGAGCUAAUCAAUCAUGUCUUUAUCCGCAGGUCAAAAUAUGAUUCAUGUGAUAUAUUUCAAUUAAUAUCAUGCUUGUUAGUGUACGAGUCUUUCUAUUGUUGUUUACCCUGGCCGGGCAAUUUUUUUUUUCACCCCACUUCAAGAUGGCUGCCACUUACCGUUGUCGACUGGUAACCAGUAUCGUCACACGAUUUAGUACUGGAAUCCCCCAGAAGAAUUUGCUUUUGCUUCCUGUAAAAAUGCCUCUUUAGUAGGCCUUAAACUCGUUCAAACUGGCCUCUUCUUGCCCCAGUUUUGACCCUUAGAUUCGAAAAAGUGUCGAUCGUUUAAGCGUUGAUAUUGAAAGUCUAAAUUUUAUGAGAAAUGGCAAGGUGAAGAAGUCGUGCCGCGAGCAGUUCUUUUGAGGGAAAGCUUGACUUCGAGAUUUUUUCUCAGGCGCCGUGGUAUGAGAAGUUAUAAUUCUAUUCAUCUUUGGGCUCGAGUUGCUAGAUCAUAGACGUUUCAAUGGUAUAGUGUGCCCUUUGGGUUACCUGAUUAUGAUGGCGCCAAUUAACUUCCAUGUGUUUUUUAGUUUUUUCUUAUUUACUUCAAAUUGCUGCUUCUAGUAAUAAUACUAAUGAAAUCUUCGAAUUCUUUGAAAGUGGUAAAAGUAGAUUUGUAACAUAACAAAAAGUUAGCCUGUGAACAGGUGAACAGGCUCUCUGUCCCAAACAGAGAACCUCACUUCACAGGCUAAACAAAAGUAAAGCGCAUGCUCUGAUUGGUCAGGUAGCCUUCUACCAUUUGCUUAUUGGCAGCAAAUCUCCUUUUCUGUUCGGUCUCCUGUGCGACAAAUUGCCUUGGAGAAGUUCAUCAUUGUUUUCUUCGCGGCGGAGAGCUCAGAAGAACAAUCGAGUGAGCAAGUUUUUUUAAGGAUUUAAGCCCGAAAUGUUUAAGGUACAUUUUGUAUGUUUAUGUCGUGGAGAAAAUCUGUUUUGAAAUGGAAAUGCAUCAAUAAGCAUUUUCUUAAUGACUUUUCAGUCAUGUUGGUGUUAAAUUCAAGUAAAAAUUUCAAAAGGCAACGCGCUCAAAUGCGAGACAGCUUUGUUUUGUAGCUUUGAUCAAUUAAAAAUUUUAGUUGAGAGUACGGAUUAGCUUACAUGACGCUGGAAUUUUAGUGCGAAUUUCAUUUGAGUACAGAAAAAUUGUGGUUUUGAAUUAAAUUUUUCAAAAAACAACUUCUCUGUUAAUUAUUUUGUUUAUGUUCAUUCAUAACAGUAGUUCAACGAUUGAUGGUAAGACAACUAUUUCACAGCUUCUACAUUGCUUACGCGUCGCUUUAGCGCCGACCGUGUCGGCGAAGUUUUGCACUUUUGACUUUCAUCUUGAUAUUCCCGGGCAAAUCACGAUGCGAAGCUAACGGUUAUUCCAAAGGAAAUACAGUCGCUGUUUUCUUAUUUCUGCUCUAGGUUUACUGAUUAAAUUGUCACUCAAUUGCGCCUUAUCACUUUUCGUCGCAUAGUUUUUGAGUUAGUGUUUAUAGUUACAGCUCAGCAUAGUUUUCCCUCAAAGAGAGGACGGUUAAUUCAUUGAAAGGAAAACUCAAAGGCAAGUUUUUGAAUGGCAUGAUGACAGCAUACAUGAACUCGUUUGCAGUUCCAAUGACCAACUCAACCAAAGGCGAAUGGAAAUGUUUUCUCUUUUGAUUAUGUUAAGAGAGAAAUGGUUGCACGCUGCACGUUUACAAUUUGUUAAGUCUGUGAUCUUACUGAUCUUACCGUUGUUUGUCCAAAGAAAUUUGUAUUGAUUAUCCAUCUUGAAUUCAUUCAUCCUUCCAAACAGUUCACUUCGGCACUGGGUCAGGGAUUCAUUAAUAGCGGAGCCCCACGCGCGUGCGAAGCGUGCGCAAGAGGAGCCCUAUACCUAAAGGAAACUGGAAACCUAUUGGUGCUAGAAAAUUUGGUUAUGACGUCAGCGUACGCCCGUACGUUCGUACGGACUGUGGGCGAGGUAGCGGGAUGGGGGUGGGGCUGGAGUGACUGGCAAUUUCUUAGGCGCAAAAUAAAAUUGGGCAAUCUGCGUUUUUCUUGGCGCGAAUUUUGACAAUGAAUUGAGCUCGAUAGCGCGACGAGUUUUCUGCAAAGCUAAGUUUCCAUUUCAGUUGAGAAAAGUCAGCAGGGUAGGGAAGGGAGUCCCAGACAUUGACGUUGCUUUUCGUUUUGGCGCAAAAUUAACCAUUUUAGGGGCAACCAACGGAGUUUGUCGAGUAAAAAUCUAAAUUGAAGAUUCUUGUGUUUGACUUACGACAAAAUUGUCGGAAAUAAAUUUCUAAGGCUUUACUUCUUGCUUGGUCACGCUUUUGUUCACGCUUUUGUUUUGUUAGAAAAUUGUUUGCCGACAUUUCAGUUAAGUUUUAAAAUUAUCGUGCUCUUGUACUGUGGCCACAAACUGAAAUACAACUGGUGUCUUCUUUUUCGGAUUUUCAAAACUGAAUUGUUUAUUUGGUUUUUCGUCGAGGAAAGUGUCACAUCGCAAUGGGAUUCGUCGAUGGCUCCGUUUCUGACAGUCGUGCAGGCUCUUACGGUGGACUACAGGAAAAAUCUUUCAGUGAACAUUUGAAAUUUUUAACUAUCCUUGUUCUUCCACUGCCGCCACAAAAUGAAAUAUAGCUGCUAUCAAGAUUCUUCUUUUAUUCGAAACUGGUUUGUAUAUGUGGUUUGAGGAGUUCUUCGCCACGGAAUAGACGUUGUCGUGGUUUCGAAAGCCAUCUUGACGAGUAUGCAACCUCCAUGAGAAAUUACAGUGCCGGUUUGUAUCAGAACCGAAUUUCGAAUAAUUUCCGGAAAACAGCUGAUCUGAAAAAAAAUGUGAAUUGUAAACUAAAGCUACACAGCAAAGUAUUAUACCAACAAGGUUUUGGGACCGUAUCUGUUCUUAAAUUUCUCCAGACGCUUGUGUUAUGUAAAUGAAACCUCUCUUGCUUCUUAAACUUUAAGUUACUAAGCAGGUCAAAUACGUGCGGGAGUUAAACCAGGAUUUCGUUUGUCUCCUAUGAAAAACUAAGGCUAGGAAACAAAGGAAAUUCAUAAUGCAUGAAUAUAAAUACUGGUUUAACUGUACUUCUUUUUACUAUUUUCCUGUUAAAUUAACACUUCCUUGUUUUCUGGUUCAUGUUUCUUUUAACCAUUGUUUCUUUUUUCUUGUAGGAAACUCUGACCGGUUUUAAGUGGAUGGGUAACCUCGCAAGUGAACUGAUGGCUCAAGGAAAGACAGUCCUUUUUUCAUUUGAAGAAGCAAUAGGUGCUUUAAUUUAUCUGUAAUUGCGCCAAACUCUGGAAUGACUAACUUGUUAUAAUUACACAGUGUUUCAUUGUUGACUCUUUUACGUCGAGAUUACUAAAAAACUUUUCUCUAGUGUUUAUAAUAAUUAGAUUAGUUAUUUAUAGCAGCUGUGAUUUUCGUAGUCUGUUCUUCUGUAUGUAUGUAUGUAUGUAUGUAUGUAUGUGUGUGUUUAUGUAUGUACGUACGUACGUACACCUACGUACGUACGUAUGUAUGUAUGUAUGCCCGCCAAUGGAUGUAUACUUUUGUUGAUUUUUUAACCUCACUUACAAAAAUCCGUUUUAAAGGCUUCAUGUAUGGCACUAAUGUACUUGACAAAGAUGGGAUUAGUGCUGCAGUAGUCAUGGCAGAGAUGGCUGCAUAUCUCAGUCGUCAAGGAAUUACCUUAACAGAACAACUAAAUAACUUAUACAAGAGGUAUGCAUCUCCAGUCUAACUCUCGUAUCGUAUAUUGGACUUGAAAGAAACUUUGUUAUUGAAAAUUUUCUCAAAUUUUGCGAGCCUUCUAAGGAGUCAUGCCUACAAGGGAAAACAACUAUUUCUCUCUUCUCCAUGGGAUAAAAACCAAAGUGCCCUAAACCUUCACGCUCACUGAUUAAGCUAAAGUGAGCUCUCUGUUCGAAAACCAUUUUCCAAGUUAAGUAGCUCAGAGAGACACUGAUUGUGGUUUAGUACAAUAAGAAGCAAGUAAUAGAUGACCAUCGUAUCGAGGUUUCAAUAUCAGUAAAUGAUGUAUCAGCUUGUGGCUGUUGUGUAACAUUAAAUUCAGCAGUUGUGAAGUUUGACGUCUGAUAUGGGCUUAAGCAUAGGUUAAAGCGAAUAGUUAUUUACCUCCACUUCAGUAAAUAAUUCAGUGAGAGUAACAUUACAUUGCUUUAAAUUAAAAACAAAUACGUUAGAAACUAACGAUGGUUAGUUAUAAUCAGGUGUGAACCAGUGAAUACGUUUGAUUUUUAGGUACGGCAUCCAUGUGUCCAACAACUCUUAUUAUCUCUGUUAUUGUCCAUCGACAAUAAAGAAAAUAUUUGAACGCAUCAGGACUCUGGAGAAUGGUCAGGUCAGUGAAUACAAUGUAAACCUAUCCUUCCCUGUCAUAAUUUCACGUUUUUUAAAGUGACUUUCUCUUUAUGAAAACAAAACACUGACAAAAUCUGAGGUGAACAGCAAGUACUGUCAUAAGUUUGCGUAGAUAAUAAGUCUGUUACCUAACAACUUAAUUGCCUUGUAGAAGUUGUUUUUAAUGUUAUUUUUGGCCAUUGGAUUAAUAGUUCGCGAAAUUAGGCUACAGGGGCCACAGGCGGCCCAGACGUAGUGUUUGUCAAUAACGUGGAAAAAAUGGGAUGAGUCGUCGAAACCCCCAAGAACUAAAAUAGUCCAAAAGUCAAAAUAUAACAAAACAAAGCGCAGAUACCUUCAACUGAACGUCUCCUUGUCUUUCCUGGCCGGUUAAAGUGGCAUUUUGUCGAGUUUUGCAAUCGUAGAUACUAUCCACUAAAGAAGAAUUAAAGGCUGGCUACAAAGAAAACUGACUAUCUCCACGCGCCUCCACUCGAACCGCUAUAAAUUUGACAGUAAUCUACGAAUCCGCUCCAAAUUGCCAUGGGCUAAUCUGCAGGUAACGUGUACUCCAGCUUCUUGCUCGAUGGCUCUAUAAAACGCAUCGCAACUGCACGAUAAUCGUUCGUUCAUCAACAAACACUGUUGACCUUUCCGCUCUGCCAUGACUGCAAACGGGCAGGAUUAAUACGCGACGUGAAUAUUCAAGCUUAGCGACCGCGUCCACGCGACAAUGCGGCACUUGCUAUGGGAGGGGUGAUACUAUUGCUUCUAGGUCAAUCAACACUGAGGGAGGCACCGCUGCGUUAGUUUUGACCAGAAAAACAAAAGGCGAUCGCGCGAACGUCCGUAAACAGUUUUCAACAGGGCGGCCCUGGUUUUCAAGUCCGAAUUCUUCCAACGUUCGCUGUUAGAGCUGCUGUCACAUUGUUCGACAAGCCGCUUGCCUACGUUCUCGACUCUACUGGACCUAUUUGCUUGGAUUAAUUUAAUAAACAGUUCUUUCCAGAACUACGUCUUACUCCACAAUAUGUUGUCCAAACUGGCGAGGGAGGACGAGGAUUUUCCGCCUAGGAAAAAGGCAAAAUCUGGCCUCGGCUCUGCAGCUGAGUGGAAGAUACAGCUGAAGAUAUCGUAACAACAAAGCCAGACCUAAUCAACCGUAAAGGUGUUCUACCUUUGGGAAUUCUGAUCAUUGCCUAAUAUAUGCAACUCUUAAUCUCGAGCACAAACGGCCGCCGCCAAAAGUGAUAAGUGUAAGAAACUAUAAACAAUUUCAGGUUGAUCAGUUUCGGGCUGAUAUUACAGCUGCGCCUUUUCACGUUGCUCGGGUAUUUAAGGAUAAGGAUGAUGUUCUCUGGGCAUGGAACAAGUUAUUCAAAGAUAUUUGUAACUUACAUGCACCUACAAAGCGCGUCAAGAUCCGGAGUCAAUCUUCUCCUUGGAUAAAUAAUGACAUCAGACGAAAGAUGAACUUAAGGUAUAAGCUGUUUAAAAGAGCUGUUAGCACUAAAGAUCAAGAAAUCUAUGCAAGAUACAAGAAAGUUAGAAAUGAGAUUACAUCUGAGAUAAGAAACGCGAAGGCGCAGUUCUUCUAUUGGACGAGCCAAUAGAAAUUUUCCACACCAGAGCGAUCGCAUCGGUUGUUCAGCGCCCUCUGUGACUGAUAUCACCAUCUGCGAAGAUUCGGUCCGACGUAAAUUAAAAGCCAUUAACCCAAAUAAAUCUGCCGGUCCUGAUGACAUUGCACCUAAAUUAUUAAAACUAGCUGAGCCUGCCAUUGUCUCUCCCUGGACUGGUCUAUUCUCAUUCUGUGCUCACCUCGGAGAAACGUUUACUGACUGGAAGAAAGCUCGUCUGAUCCCGGUGUAUAAAAAAGAUGAUGAAGUUGACACAAAUAACUAUAGACCAAUAUCGCUUCUUAGUGUUCCAAGCAAGAUAAUGGAAUCUUGUGUAUCAGAAUCUGUCGUUCGACAUGUUUUCCAAAAUAACCUGGUUACAGAUAAACAGUAGGCUUACCAUGAGGGGCACUCUACUGAACUAUUGCUUGUAUACCUGUCAGAAAUCUGGAGAACAGCUAUUGAUGCCGAUAAAGUGGUUGCUGUGGCGUUUGUUGACUUCAGAAAAGCUUUUGACUGUGUAUCUCGUGCUAUCCUACUGCACAAGUUGAAUUUUCAAUUUGGAGUUCAAGGUUCUCUUCUAUCAUGGCUGACAGACUACCUAACUGAUCGAACUCAAUUCUCGGUACUAAACGGCCAGCACUCAAUUGUGCUAAACGUCACUUGCGGGAUUCCCCAAGGAUCAGUACUUGGCCCAACGUUGUUUGCCUUGUACACCAAUGACCUACCAAGUGCUGUUACCUCUGGCUCUGUCUUUAUGUACGCAGAUAACACCACCGUUUAUUGCAUCGGGGACACUGUUGAUAACACAGUCGCUUCUUUGAAUAAAGCUUUAUCGGAAUUGAACAGUUGUUGCCUAGAGAACUCUUUAACCCCUCACUCGGCAAAGUGUGAAGCUAUGCUGUUGAUGAGAAAACUGCACAUCGGGACGCUAAAUUCUGUGACUAUUGGAGAGGAUCGGAUCGAGUGGGUGAAACACUCUCGUCUUUUGGGCGUUACUAUCGAUGAGAGGCUUUCCUGGUCACGUCACCUUACAGAUGUAAAAAAGAAUUUCGUAAACAAACUGAACCUCCUGAAAAGGAGUUCGUUCUUGAUCAGAAACGCCCUAUUGGACUUGUACUUCAAGAUAAUAUUACCAUCAGUUCUAUAUGGACUAGUCGUUUGGGGCGGUUGCCCUAAUGCAGAGCUUCUACAUUCUCUGGAAGUACUUCACCGUAGGACAGCCAGAAUUAUAUACAACUUGCCCCGAAAUAUGCCUACUGAGGAAUCUUACCGACAUUCGAACUGGAAUACUUUAAGCCUCUAUUAUAAACUUCGAUUAAUUAAACUACCCCAUAGCGUGUUUAUAGGUGAAGCACCUACGGCUCUUUCAUACUUGACAAAUAAACCUUGCACUGCAUACAACUUCAGAAGGAGUAAUAACAUAAUCGUCCCGCGUUUUAACUCGCAGUUUCGUAAAAACUCUAUUAGCUAUAGAGGAGCUAUUCUUUGGAACGCUGUCUCGAGUCAUUUUCAGACCAGUUUACUGUUUUUUUAUCGCAGAAUAAUUAAGGAACUUGAUUUUAGCGCACAGUCGGUCCAGUCGCUGCCCAGGCACUACCAAGAUUUUAAAUGCUUUAUAACUAUUUUUAUGUUUUAAAUGCUGUAGUCAAUUUACUUAGAGGCAACUAAUGUAAAUUCAUUUUAACCUUGUAUUUUUUUUAAUUUAUUUAAAUUUAUUUCUUUAUUUAUUUUUUGGUUAGAAUCUUACUGUAAAUUUUUAAAGUUUUAAUUGUAGUUGUAUUUUGUAAGUGAUGGUUUUCUUAUUUUUUAUACAGUUUUAUCCAUUUGUAAUCAUUUUUACACGACCCCACAAGCUUUGAGCUUUAAACCAUAUCGUGUUUAAAUAAAGGAUAUGUAUGUAGGUAGGUAGGUAAAAUUUAUGUGCGCGAUAUCUUUUUUUUAUUAUUAUUUGCAAAACUGAGAGGCACCCAAUGACGGUUUCCCCUUAAAUGCAUUGAAAACGCUUUUAAGGCAGUCCAGACUACUGUAGAUCUGUAAAAAUGCCUUCUAAGCGGCGCUAAUACAUAGAUUUACUCAGGAGGGCUAACAGCGAAGCUCUCGCUAAUUGCCAAAGAGCAGCCUUGCGAAGACGCGAGGCUGCGAGGCGACAGCCUGAUAGAGCCGUGCGCGAUUAUUCCAGGGGCAGAAUCGAUGUAACAUAGAGUAAUGUAAGGCAACCACGACGUAAUGCAGAACAGAGAAUGCAUUGUUUUCGAGCAAACACCUGAUACAGAUCAGAGAAUCCACGAGCCGUGUGCGUGUUUGUGAGUCUCGUGCUCGUCCCGUCUUUAACCAAUCGUCGGGUGGAUCAUGUCCAUCCUACGCGAUAUCUGUCGCAUUUGCCCGCUGGAAUCUUUUAUCGCAUGCCGCUAGGGAAAAUAAUAACGCAGCGAAAUUUUUUUCUUUGAAGCAAAAUAAUUCGGAAGGCUUGAUUGGCCCACCAUAUUUUUUCAGCUUUAAAAAGAGACCAAAUAGAAGUGUGUACGUUGAAUGUUCGCGGACUUAAAUAUGAUUUUUCGAGCAUUUUAAGUUUGCUUAUGUGACUACUAAAUUUUACGCAAAAUGACUUCUCCGCAACUUCGGACAAAAACACGAACUUCAAUAUCUCCAGAAUUUGCGGGAUUUCAAUUUUUUUAUGCAGUAGAACAGUUUAGUUCACUAUUUUCAAAAGACAAAUUAAAGCAACGGGCACACAUACACAACACCCAUGACCCGCCUUCCCCGCGCAUGUCGUGGGAGAACUGCCGUGCGGUUCCCAGCCAACAGCUCCCACAUGUGUUGUGUGGAGCUGACACUUAAAGGACUCGCCUCGGCAGAAAAGGGUCUGUUAAACACAGGUUUUCGCCGGUCAUUGAUCGACGGCUAUGCCAUGCUGGUGACCCCCAGUAAGGGCGAAACAGCUGUCCGUGGCUACAACAGUGCGCGCAUAUAGGUAAAAUCUUUGCUCGUUGGCACUUAGCGAUAGCUAUAACUAGUAUUUAUAGUUUGCUCAUACUAAAUAUAAAAUCGUGUAGUGCUAAGCGGAGAAGGCAGCCAGAUAGGGGCACCCAACGACGGUUUCCUUAUAUACAUUGAAAACACUUUUUUAGCUAUUCAUUAAGUACUUUUAGCUCUAUAGAAAUGCAUUCUAAGCGGAACUAUAAAAUUGGUAUCCGUUCGGCCAUUCUAGGGGAACUUGAGUCUUUUCGAAAUUACGAGGAAUUCAGAAUUAUUUUCUCGAAAAAUUUUAGAUGCAAUUUAACGUAUUACGAAGGAGAUAAUUUUUCUGAUUCCUUCUUUCAUCACUUUUUUGUAUCCGAAAAUUUUAGGUUUCCUUUUUAUCUACGAAAAAUAGCCUAACCCGGGGAGUGAAAUGUGAAAAAUUAAACUUCAGAAAAUCGUAGGGAACUUAUUAGCAUGAUUAGAUGAGCUUCGAAAAAUGACAUGAAUGGAAUGGUCAUCUAGAAAUUUUUAGCCAACUAAAGGGAAAUUCUAGGCAAAUUGCUUCUCCUAACAGAUACGGUAAAACGCCGCGAAGAAGGACCUAGAUUUUUUGAAGUUUGGCAAAAUAGAUUCUUAUAGUUUGGAGUACUUAUUGGAAGUUUAAGCUAAAUAGGUUCUUAAUUAGGUUCUUAAUUUUUAUGAAGGAUACUGUUGUUGAUUACAAGAAAUUGCUAUAAAUGGUAUUUGUCCCGGCUUCAUUAUAGGCAUUUAUUUACCAAAACUCUAACAAAACUAGGUUAACAGCUAGAAAAUAUGCAGUUUUCAACAAUGGUCGUAUACAUUACCCUGUGUAUGUAAUGUAUGGAAUAAAGAGGGAAGAUGUUUCGAGGGGAACUAAGUGGGCACUAUUAAUUUUAAAAGACGCCCUCGUUGCGUAAACUCCCUAAUUUGGUAUCAGGCCCCAAGGAGAUCACCUUGACGUUAUGUUGACUGCAUGUUUUAUUUCAGUAUCCUAGUUCAUGUGGCUCGUAUAAGAUUUCUGGUAUCAGAGAUUUGACGGUUGGAUUUGACAGUACCAAGCCUGAUAACAAACCGGUAAGUGGCUAACAAUAGGGCAGUGUAACCUUUGUGUUCUCUUUGUUACACUGAUUAAUCUCUGGUAAUUUUGGUGCUGACGCGAGGUGUGGGGAUUUCAUUUAAACGGCAGCCAUUUUUACCGGAAGUGAAAGGAUGAAUCACCGGAAGUUGACUUGCUUUGCCUCACAGUAACUUUUAAGUUCAAAAAUCUGUUCACAAAGAGGCUGUGUUAUUGAAAUAAUGCAGAUAGCAUUUAUAGAAUUGGAUAAUUUUAGCGUUUAACGUUAACUCCGUUUUAGACCGGAAAUGCUACACACUUUUGCCGGAAAUUACCCGUGAAAGGAAUGAUGCCAAAAAAUUAAACAGGUGACUACUUCAAAGCUAUGAACGUUGAAAUAGUAAAAAAAAAUUGAAAAUAGACAUAGCUAUUGUUUAAGAACCGUAAUUUAUGUUUCAAGGUUACUAAUUUUUAUGUCCGCAUCGAAAGAAUUAAUCAGCACGUCGAGCCCCUCUCACAACGUAGAGAGCCGGUCCGGAGUGGCGGUUCUUGCUACUUUUAGAAUUAAAUUCUGUUAAGUUUACUUAACAUAAACCAAAACUUGAAAUGCCCGAUGUUAGGGGUGACCAGUGUCAAAUCAACCACGGUGACCUGAAUUAAAUUACCCAUGAUACAAAAGGUCUGAUAUUCACACUUGUUCCGCCAUUCAUUUUUCCUUUGUGGGGUUAGACUUGCAUUUUUUAAAAGGCAAGAAAUAGUCAGAAGGACCACAGGCAGAUAGGAGUGAGCCAGAAAGAUUAGGAAAUGUAGUUCAGAGUUUAAACAACACAUUUGAUUGUCACUAUAUGCCCUGUAAGUAAUGUUAUGCGGUAGAUCCCCACUAAUAAUCAAAAAAAAUUGUCCGACCUAGCGGGAGAUAAGUAAGUGGGUUUUGGUAUUGCAUUUUAAGUAAGCUGAGAAACGUUUCCAAAAUGGUAUAGAUGUUUUUCAUUUUUUUAAAUUGAGUCAUUUUGGUGCAAUUUCAACAUCUAACACACUAUAGCUUAAACAAAUUUUUGUCAGCCUGGUAAGUUCACCCAUUUCCACAUUUUUCUUCUGAAAACAACCUGCCAUUAUAAAUGUAAUGGUCACUAUAGGGAAGUUUCUGUUAGCUAUUGGAAAAUGGCCAGGAAAAAUUAAUAGUUUGGUAAAGGAUAUUGGUUUUAGUUCGAGUUAACCGAUUGUGAGUCAAAAUAUACAAUACAAUCAAAUCCAGUGAAAUAAGUAUUUGCUCAAGUUAACCAAAUUAACCAUGUUUGAGGGGCUCGCACUGGGUACUUGUUGUGUUUUUAUUUUAGUCAGCUCGAUUUGUACCAGUCAAGAAUUGCAACGUAAAAAUAUGUACUGAGUACCGGAUAUACAUUAUUGUACUUUAUCUUGACAUCAGAAACUUGAAUUAUUCCUAAAGAAGUGCUGAAAAGUGUCAGUAGCCCCGGAGAUAAACAGGCAACACCCGUGCUAUCGCUAAGACCGACUGGAAUGAAUGUGCCAUUUGAAUUGUCAUCAAAACAAAGUAGAGCCUUAACGGCGUCCUGGUCUACGGGUUAGGGGUGGAGACGUAUGACAUUUCAGACUAGCUACAAGGCCUUGGCUGGGAAUAUAGCAAAGUUGAGGGAUCUCGAUUGCAUGCCUAUACAGAUAGAUUUUAAGCCGCUAGAUGAACGUGAUGGAUUAGAGAAUACGUUCGUAAGAUGCAAAAAAAAACACGCUGGCACAAAAGUUGCUGUGAUCUCUUCAAUUCUACGAAGUUGAAACAGGGAGAAAAAAGACUUGCGCGCGUGAACAGCCGGUUGGUGGAAAGUAUACACGUUCAGCUCCACCUGCAUCUCUCAACAAUAGCGGUACAUGCGUUUUUGUGGAGAGUAUUCUACACAUAAUAACCCUCUUCACAAUGUUUGAACAUUUGGUUCGGUUUGGCUUGGGUUUGGUUUGGCUGAUACCCGUGUCAGGAAGUGUGCGACUGUAUUGCAGGAUAAAAAGGUUUUGGCGAAGUUAAGCGCGGGUGACCUGGUAGCUCUGGAGGCUAAAUAUUCCGCCCCUUGUUUAGCAAGGCUGAGAGAGUCAAAGAGAAAGGCGAAGAAGACAGGUCAAGCCCUCGAUGACCGGAGGGCAUCGCGCUCGCGGAGUUGGAUUCCUUUAUUGAAGAGUUACGCAUGGUCAGUACUCUAGAGCUGCCAGUUUUUAGAUUUGCCGAACUUGUUAAUAAGUAUACGUUUUCUACACGUUUUCUAAAAAAAGACCGCAUUCUUUUCCAAAUUCCAGCCUUCGAAGAUCACAAACAAGGACGUGAUGUCUUUUUGGCCUUCUAAAAAGAUUUUGCCAACGCGCUGCAGAAAACUCACAAGGAAGACAGUGAUGAAGAAGCGUUGCACCUUGCCAAAGCCGCAAGCAUUAUACGCAAAGAAAUGUAAACACAGAAAUACACAUUUGACGGGUAUUUUGAAGCGAACUGCCAGGCGAAUUCCGUUCCACCAUCACUGGUAUCUCUCGUCAACAUUCUUUAUGGUCCUAACAUUGAAAUGCAAGCAGGCACUUUGACUAAGUCUCAAGCUGGUCUUACCAACAGUUGCUACAGUACAACAGCCGUAGUAGUGGAGACGUUAAGCGGGAGCGAAGAAAUAAAUCUCGCUUACGCUGUACUGCCCUCUGCACCUGCGCGGAUGAUUGUGAUUAUACAUGAUUGCUAAUCAAGCUCUACGUGGCUGCAUUUUUUAUUUUUAUUUUCUAAGAAAACAAAUAGAGUUACGGUACUUUUCCUGUGAAAGAUGAAUAAGUUACGAUUUUUUUGCUCACGCAUCUUCAUAAUCUGCCGAGAUUCAAAUUUAGCCAUUCAGAGAAUGGAACUAUGCUUUUUGAAAACUACUUCCGGUUUGAAAAUUUCACUUCCGGUUUUAAAUGAUGGCUAUUCUGAAUGCCGGAAAUAUCUCGAUAACCCAAAAUAUUUCACGAUGGCUCCAUAUCCACAUUUAAUAGGCACAGGUUUCAUGCUUUUAACCAAAAAGUUAUGCACAUAUCCGCCCCACAGGUUCUGUUUUCCAGGUUUCAGGAAUUUUUUUUGUUUGGAGACCAUGAAAGGUUUCAUUUUUUAACAGGCAAAAAAAAAAAGUCGCGGAGUAACCUUUCGUAAACGGUCCAUGCGUGCUAAUAUCCGACCCCCAAAACUGUAUUGAACUGUCUUUUUUGCCUGUUUCGUAUCAGGUAAACUUUUUUGUUCAUGGCUUUUACAUCUGCUAAAGGCAGAAUUAGGAUCGUUUGUAAACUGUUCGGCGGGAAACUGAUCGGCUUACACAAUAGUAUGGCUCUGCGACUUCUGCACCAGGAAUAAGUAUUAGGAGACGUGCGGUAUGGCGCAAACACGUGCAUAUCACGGCUCCGUUGCAACGGUCUUAUUUCUACUCUUACAAUUUUUUCACUGUUUUCUACUUGGUCCUGGCCUUCUUGGAAGAGAAUAUAAUGAUCUUAAUGUAUUAUCGGAUUCUGAAAUCGAGCAAACGAGACCAGUGUGUAUGUUUCUGAUGUCAUCCAUUGCUGCAAAUCGCCGCCAUCUUGUAAAUAGGUGUCAUACGAAGUACACCAAGUCAAGAUUUCACUACUACAGCAACAGCGUCGCAAGCUUCAACUUUGAACUACUUCGUCUAAGUGGAGACAUUAUUCCUAAUCCAGGACAGGAAAGUUACACCGUUUGUAGAAAAGUGGUGGCUAAAAAUCACAGGGCAGUGAGUUGCAGCUCCUGCUCUCAACGAAUUCAUAUCAAGUGCGGUGGAAUCUCACCUAAAGAGUAGAAGCGAUUACAGGCUUCUGGAAACGGUAGUUGGAUAUGUCCUCCCUGCUUGGACGAGAUAAAACAACUACCUUUUGCUGACGUUAGCGAAAUUGAUACCAGCCACAGGUCUUGCAGUGACACAGAGCAGACUCUGAGUGAGAACGAAGACCACAACAACACUUGGACGAGUUUUGACACUUUAGUUAAAACGCAUCGGAGAAACGUUAAGAUCGGUCAUAUCAAUGCCAACAGCACAGCCGGCUUUAAAUUCCACGAGAAAGAAGUUGGAACGCUCUUUUCUAGUGUUAAGUGAUUGACAGGCUGUUAGGAGGGCAAGACGAUUUAUUUUAAAGUACAGUCGAACCCCCGGGAGUCGAACCUCUUUAAUACGGACACCGAAGGGACAGAGCGAAGUGUCCGUAUUAGAGACGUGUCCUUAUAAAAGAGGUCACUACGAUGACGUCACUUUUAUGACUCCGCUUACAGUUUUAACUGUUCAAUAGCUAAAACCAGGCUUAUGCUCGUCUUUAAACUACAUUUAAAUUUAUAAACACUGAAAGACACUGUCGUUCAGUAGCAUACAACAUUGUACAUAUCAGCUACAAAUCAAGCACAGUCGUAGGCAAAUCAUUGUUUUAAAACAAAACGUGCUACAGCGCAAUGCUUCAUGUUUUUAUAUUGUAACUUAAAGCACAAUUGUGAAAGCGCCUUUCGCUAUUUUGCAAGUGCAGUAACAAUAACUAGAAUAUAAAAUGUAAUAGAAAACAUCAUUAUGCUGUCUGUAGUUAUUCAAGCCUUUAAAAAGUCGUUUAUGUUCCUAUGUAUACCUUUCGCAAGUCGUUGUUUGAUAUACAGCGACUGGGCUUUCGAAAUCACGUUGCAUAGCUCAUCAGCCAGACGGGAUUCACCCUGUGUAGAUUCACCUGUUUGGGGUUGGGGAUUUACCUGAUCACUGCAGUGUCCGUAAUAAAGAGGUUAAGUUUAUCUGAAUUUAUUCUCUGGGGCCGGGAUUUAGUGUCCUUUGUCCGUAUUAGAGAGAGUCCGUAAUAUAUAACAGUUAUUCACCGAAGUGGAGGUGGCUAGUAUUGGUAUAUUUACCGAGGCCGCGAAGCGGCGAGGUAAAUUUCCACUACUAGCCACCGACACUGAGGUGAAUAAUUGUUUAAGUAUAUACUAAAACAGUGAGAUAAUUGAGCACAAAAUGAUGAUUUCUAACUCAUUUACUGUUGCCAACGAUUACAAUUUUGGCGCGCGAUGACCGAACGGCCGCGGUCGUCGCUUUUUCUUAGCGACAAAUAAAACUUUUGAAGGCGUUUGUUUAGCUCUUGCGGGGAAGUUUCUUCAAAAGGAGUUGUGAAUUCUGUUUGUAUUUAAAAUAAUUCUGUAAAAAAGAUUAUUAAAUUUAGUUUUAAGCUUAUUUAUGAACAAGUCAACUAAAUAAAGUAAACCAAGACUUAAGCUUAAUUUGCAUUUGUAAACAAAAAACUUUUUCACCGGUUUUAUCGAUAACUAUUCAAGUCAAAAAGACAAAGCUUUACCUGUUAAAACUUUCAAACCGAACUUCGUCACCUUCUUCAUAUAUUUCGGAAAUAGCUUUCUUUGAUUAGUUGUGAAAUUUCUUAGUUUGUUACGGCAGCAAACCGGGAAAGCAUUUUGCUCGCAACCCACGCCAGUUUGGCGUCGCUCGCUCGUAGGAACUGGAGGUGAAUCAGUAAAUAAUGCAGGAUAUUCACUGAUUGAGUAGCCAAUCCGAGCGCCCGAAAAACACUAUCCACUGUUUUAGUAUAUAUUAAAUAGAUUUAGCCAGGGCUAAAAGCGAAGCUCCUAUUAACUCGAAUUUAUAAUUUAAAUCAAACAAUAAACUUGUAUUCCACAAUUCGUUACGUUUAGAGCACAUUCAUGUGACUUUUGAGGGAAAGGUUAAGUGAUUUUAGAGAAAAAUAAUUUGCAAACGGUCCAAGCGAAGAGUGAACUUAAUCUUACAUCCAGUUGAUAGCCUUAUAUGUACACCCAAAAAAUAGCAAUCAUCUUUGGUUUCAUUUAAGAGCGAUAGAGGCUCUUGAUCACAGUAGAUUAGGCCUGGAAAACAAAUCAGGCCGAAUUUUUUGCGUUCGACAAGUUUACUUUACAAAAUCUUGCCAAUAAGUCUGGGACGUGUAAACCAUCCUUUUAUACUUUUUAUACAUCACAUCUGAGGUGAAACAGUACCAUAUUGCACUCAUUCAAUAUUCAGGACGAUCGAAGCACGCGUGGGCUUUUAGCGAAACCGUUAAAAAAAUUUCCAAAAUCAGCUAUACGGCUAGCCGGUUCUCACUUUUGACAAGCGCCAAAGUCGACAGUUUAAAUUAAGAUUGAAAGAGUUGUACGCUUCAACAUAAUAAAGAAUUUGUUAUGUUUAUUUUUUAUUUAAUGGUUUUAUAACGAUGUGUAAUCUUCCAAAGCGUUUCAUACGCGCGGCAUUUUGACUACUGCAUGCAAGCGAUGAAAACAAACGGUACAGCGAUUAAAAUUGUAUCAGAGACUACUAACAAUCAAUAAAAGGAAAAUAAUUCGGUGAAACAUAUACAGAGACAACAAUUUUCAUUCACGAAGACAAGUAUUAAAGUGUCUCUGAAAAUCCUUGUUUAUGUUUUAAGCCGGCUUCCCGGUGUUUGCUUUUUUCAAAGAUGAACUCGAGGCAAGAAAAUCGCUCAAAGCUUUCUUUUACAGCCAGAAUUAUAAUUAAAUAUUCUUUGGAACGUUUUCUUUCUAUUUGCGGUGAGAAAAUGUCUAAAGUCUUUUUAAAGUUCUAUAAGCUUAUGACAACCAACGUAUUUCUCAACCAAAAAACCCAGCAAACAAACUAUGAAUAACAGAAGACUCUUGAUAGCAGCUGAAUUUCAUUUUGUACAUUCAGUGGAAAAAGACAGUUAAAAACAUCACAAGUUGAUACAAAACUCUGUCAGCUUUAGUUUCAAGAUGCUGCAUAAAUUUUCCGCAUGAACUCACCUAUCAAAUUUUGACCUACCCUCGGAGACCCAGGGGGAGGUAGUGGGGGCAGGAGAAAGUCUAAACGGGCGGGAAAAUAUGGCACGAAGAAAAAGUAAAGAACCUUCUCGCCGUUCUUUACUUUUCUUCGUGCCAUAUUUUCCCUCCCGUUUAGACUUUCUCUUGCCCCCACUAUCUGCCCCUGGGUCUCCGAGGAUGAUUUUGACCAAUCGGAGCAUAAAAAUUUGGACGUAGAGCAUGACCAACGCGUGACCUUGGUGAGAAAAGUCAAAAGCAACUGGCAUGUCUUCCCUGCCUGUAAAAACUGGCUGAAUUUUAGCUUCCGAGGUCAGUUUAAAAUCAAAAAUCAGUUUAAACUUGAGCCUGCGAUCAUUUGAAAACUAGUAACUUGUCACCGGAUAACUUUAAAAAAAUAAUAGACCUCGAUGGGUCGACACCUGAGCCCGCGAUACGGUCAGGUAAUACUGGUCAGCGGAUAUCCUGUUUUGGCAGCUGUCAAUUGAUCACAACAUUGAUUAACCUGAGAUCAGGCGUUUUUUUUGUGCUUCUUUGCUUCUUUGGCUCGAGAGGAAAAAAAAAUAACGCCUGAUACAUUUAUUUAACAAGCAGUCAACCGCCCCCUAAUUUACAUAAUUUAACGUCUGCUUGACCUGUCAUGUUAUCAGCCAAUAAGCGUUUACCAUACGGGAAUCAAAUUUUGGCGCGAAUAAUGUCUCUUUUGAAAUCAAUUUUAGGGAAAAGAAAUUUUUUAAAUACGUCCAUGUUCAGAUGGCGCUUCCUAAAAAAAAUUUUAAUGUGUUGUUUUUGUGAUGAAAUACUGCUAGCUGGAGCUGUCGUACCUUUAUUUAACAGCUACAAAUAAUAAAGAAUUUACUGGUUAAAGCUCGUUGACUUCGUUUUGUGCCGAAAGUAGAGAAAAAAAUUAGGCUGAAGCACCAUAUUUCACGAACUGAAAGGUGUUGCGGAAGAUCGCUCAGAAUAAUUCGCAGCAUGAUUUCUGAAGGAGGAAUUACAGUCAAACCAGGUCAAGAUUCCAUUCAUGAAUUGAUUAUUUGAAAAGUGAACCUGUUUGUCGCUUCUGUAACUUGUAGCCGGUAUCAAAUUGCAUUCAAAUGAUCGGUGAAGUUUUGACUGCAACUGUUUUAGUAUACGAUGAGAUGGAAAAUAUUUCAAUGGAUGAAACUUCUAUUUACGCAUUCUUCAAAUUGAAGAAAACUGAGCGGGCAGAAAUUUCAUAACGAACUCGCGUGUGUAUUCACUGCUCAUUACGCAAGCAAAAAUGCAGACUGAAAUCAACAACAACUAACGGAUGGCGGCAUUUUGGCCAAUGGGAACAGCGCAAAUCAUCCGUAUUGUUUCCUAUCCAAUCAGAAAAAAGUCCAGAUUCUGGCUUUUUUACAUGUGAUCCGACAAAGAAAUAUAUCAUGCCCUCUUCCCAGAGAGACAUAAAGGGAUAAUAGGGAGAGGACAUGAUCUCAGGCUAAACAUUGAUGUGCAAUAUGUGUGAAUAUCAGUCUUCCUGUGCUCCCAAACUGGCUAGAAAGUGUGAGAUUGAACAUUGGUUACCCUGUGGUGCGGACGGACGGGCGGGCGGGCGGUGUACGGUCACGUGAUUACCAAAUUUUCUUGGAUGGAUAGAUUUACUUUGCCAUGGUGCUCCGCAGGCGCGCUUCGCGCGCCAGAGCUCCGCUAUUAUAGAGGGCUUUUCAAAGAAAAUAUAUGAGAAUUUUGUCCGGACAUUGGAAACUGUCCCUAAUGGAGAGGUGUCCGUACCUACAUUUUCAUCAGCUGAGGCUUAUAGUGUAACUGUAAUGCUUGCUCUUUGCUUCUUCAGUUCUUUAUUCUGACUUAUACCUCAGUUCGCUGUUUGACUUUCUCAGUUUUUCACUGCGUCGUUCUCCAUCAUGAUGCUCCUCAUUUUCUUUUUCUUUCCUUUCCCUCUUCGUUAAAUUACAGACUUCUUUUACUUUUAUAGUCUGUCCUUUUAACUUAACUGAUUAUAGUGGUUUUCCUUAUUAACAUGGAGUUAACUCAAAAGAUAGAUAUUAACUAUAAGAGGAAACCAAUAUCAAGUUGGUGACAAUAUGUCCGAGCAAUAAAGUGCUUAUUCAUCUGAUUUCAGAGUAAUAAACAAUUGCUAUAUUAAGGUAUGAGCAGUCCAUCUCUCCAAUAAUAAAGACCAGUUAAUUAAAUGAUAGUUUAUCUUAUAAGGUGGCAUAUUUAAGUAAUAUGGCCGUUUCUAGAACCUAAAAACCGCCAAAGUGGCGCAUUUAGUCUACCAUGACUAAAGGCUUGGGUAACCAAUGGCCAAACGACCUUUAAAAUGGCAGCGACUGUUUAUGUAAGGGAAGUAGGUCACGGUGUCGUAAAGAAAUCAGCCGCAUUGACAAGCACCUCAUAACCACAAAGGACAAUACACCUGGCGAAAACCUAAAUAUUACAAUUGUGUUACUGUUUGUGUUUAUCCAUAUUAGGUUCUUCCCGUCAGCAAGUCAAGCCAGAUGAUCACAUUCUAUUUCGAGAAUGGGUGCGUUGCCACCCUUCGGACAAGUGGAACUGAACCUAAGAUUAAAUAUUACACGGAGUUGGCAUGCAAACCAGGAGACAAGUAAGUUCAUUGUACAGUCGACUUAAUAAUUUAAUCAGAGAAAUAUAUGUAAAUAAAGUAAUAGUAGUAAAGGGUAUACUAUUAAAGAAAACUGUGAUCUAAGGAAGAGGAAACUUUAUCUAAAUAAGGAGUUCAGGUAAGAACUUGUAAUGGCGGUUGCAUCAACAGACCAUAUACCUCCUCAGUCUUCAAAACCUUUAGCAGUAACUUUUGAAUCUGUGACCAUUUCACUUGUCAGUCCGAGAAUCUUGUCUAUGGCAUAUCCUGCCGCAGAUGCCCACUUCUUUACAUUGGUGAAACUGGAACAAACCUUAGGAGUCGCUUCAGCGAACAUCUGCGAAGUAUAAGCAACAACACUCCUGGGUUUCCUGUGGCCCAACAUUUCAACUCCACUGGCCACAGUAUUUCUGAUGUCCAGGUGCGUGGUGUUGCAUUACGCAGUGGUACUGACAUUCAACGAAAACAAUGUGAGAUGCGGUUGAUUUUUCAACUAGGCACCGUACAGCCGAAAGGACUGAAUAUCAGACUCCGCAGCCACCCAAGCUGUAUGGACUACCAAAACUACACAAACCCAACAUACCUAUGGGGCCCAUGGUUUCUUUCUGUGGGUCCCCGACCCACCAACUGUCUAAAUACUUAACUAACGUACUGAAACCUCUCACUGACGAAUCUAGACAUAAACUACAGUCUACUGAGAACUUUAUUGUCGCCAUUAAGACAAUACAGAUACCGGACGACCACAAACUAGUGUCCUUUGACGUGAAAUCAUUGUUCACCAGUAUUCCACUUCAACUGGCUCUAGACUGUACUGAGAACGCUAUUAAGAACUCUACUGUUGAACUACCACUACCUUCAGACGACAUUAUGGACUUACUCAACCUAUGUUUGACUUCGACGUACUGUCAGUACAGCGGCAAACACUACAAACAGUUACACGGUACGGCUAUGGGCGCUUUCGUUUCUGUUGUUGUAGCAGAAAUUUUCAUGCAAAACAUCGAGGAC